UGAACUCGAACUGUUGCAGGAAGCAGGUACUUCAGCUGCACUUGUUACAGUUUCCGACGGUAAACCAACACACGGGUUCAGCUUUUCCAAAGGUUAAAAGGUAAGACGACUAAUUAAAGUUCAUGCCAUUGAGGAGAAGUGGUAUCAUAAAUGUAGUUGUAUCAUGGUGUAGUGUCUCCUAGCUUACUGACUUUGCUAGCGUCAGCGCGGGGCGCCAAAUUUGAAUGUUAGCUAACCCUAGCCUGGUUACCCUGCAGCUGAGAGCAAACUCUUGGGAUUCAGACGAGCUAUGUUUGCAUUUCUUUAUUUAAUCACGCUGUUACAGCUAUUCACUUGUAAGUGCUCGCUGUCUACCUCUCUGUAGCCGCUUUAAUUUACUGUAAAAUCAAAUGAGGCGUUAGCUAGCUUGACUGUGAGUCAGUAACUAAUAGAUCCCUAGAAAGCCUCAGUAACUUCUUCAGCUUAGCUAAUAGGACUGUAGGUGUUGGGAAACAACGACAACACAGCAUAUAAAAAAUCAGUGUGCAGAACAUAACUUACAUAAAAAAUUCACAUCGUGCUAAUUUCAACUACUCAAAUUGCAACAUGAAUGACUUUGCAAUGACUUGUGCGGCCCCAUCAGCUAGCUAAGUGUAUCAAUUGAAUGGUAUCGUGUUGGUUUAAUGUUAGCUGACAUUACAUUUUUACUUUACAGAUGAUGCGAAGACCUCGAACAACAGCUACAAAGGCUGUAGAGUACGGGGACAUGGACUCUGACCUGUAAGUAUUCAGUCACUUACCCAUUCAUUUUUCUAUUCAUUCAUGUUCAUUAUAGGAGGUGUGCAUCCUGUUAUAGGGGAGAGUGGGGUAAGUUGAGCCAAAGGGUAAGUUGAGCCACCUCCUGUUGCUUGGGAAUGGUAAAAGAAAUUGAUCAUGUGACCAAGACAUUUAUUUCCAAAAAAAAGUUUUUUUGUCUCGUGUGACAAACACGAUCAAAGAGGAAACACCCUUAGGUUUAGUGUUGGUAGAUAGCAUCAAAUGAGAGCAUUAGAUUGACUGCGGGUCAGGACUGUACAUAUCUUAGUAGCUUAUAUGUGUCUGGAAACUCUGCACCGUCAAGGGGAUCCCUGAAUCCAGACAAGCUGCGCCAAAAGUUGCUGGUUGGUUUUUUUACACAAAUUUAGGACAGAUUUCCUCUUCUUAACAGACAAUCUCAAACUGUUGCAAUUGCAAAAUACGAACUUUAACCAUCAAGCUGACAUUCAAAUACAACGAUCAUGACUUGGCUUAGUUUGUUAGUUUUGGCUUACAUCUUCCUGUAGUUUGCUGUUGACUUUAAAGCCUGUAAACAGAAACAGGAGUUACAUGCAUUAAAUUUCAUCAUAUUAUGUUUCAUUUCAACUUUUUAAAAAAUCUCUGAAAACUAAUAGUAACCAUUUUAUUUUAAUCUUAGGGUAAGUAUAGCCUGAAUCUGUUGUAGGGUCUUACAUUUGCUGAUUUUCCACUUUGUUCCCACUCUACUAUCAGGUCCUUUUUGCAGACAGCGAGUAGUGAUGAGGACAGCGAGGAGUGGAGACCACCAGAGCAAAAACCCAGAGCCCCUGCAGCCAAGGAAAAGCAGAAAGCAACAGCCAAGAAAACUGUCACGCCAAAGCAACCAAAAGCACCUAAAGUGCCUAAAGAACCCAAAGUGCCUAAAGAGCCAAAGCCAAGGGCACCACGCAAACCUGCAGCAGAGCGAAAACCACAGGCCAGUAAAGUCCAGAGGAAUUCUAGCGCACCAGUGUUAGCUGGAUCAAAGAGGAAAAAAAUAGAAGAGGUUCAAAAUAAGGCAGGAGAAAAACAAACAGAAGUCCCAGAAGGAGAGAGAGGAGGGGAAGCAAGUGUUCGAGUAAAGGAGGAGGUAAGAUUAUUGGCCAUUUUAGUAAAAAUACACCACAUGCUCACAGAUACAAGCACACACAUACAAACAUACAAAGACUCACAAGUACAUUAUCAGUUUGAAUAGAUAAUUGUUUGCUUUUUUAAGACUUACGUAAUGGUAGUUUAUCGUUAUACAAGGAUUUCUGUGCACUACUGAGCAGUGCACACCAGUGUAAAUGCGUGCAGUCCGUUGAAAAGAUCCAGAUAUUUAGCACAUGUCAUUAAAAGGAAAGCAAAUCCAGCUGACGUGAACUUAAAACAAAGUACACAUUGUUACCAAACAAAAAAACUUAUGUUAUCAGUUUGAUUGAUUGUCUUUUCAUUCUACUUGUCUUGUCUUUUUUGCAGAGGUUGUCAUUUACCCCAUCAGAGGCCCACCAGGUGGAUCGAUAUGCCGGGGAGGGAUCCUCACUAGCCCUUCUCAAAGCAAAGAAAGAGGAAGUGGAGGAUUUUACUUUCGGGGAGCCCUGUCCAAAGAAACCAAAGACCAUGGGUGCCUGCCUGGGACGACCAACUACUCUACCAACAUCACUGGCAAACGAUCUGAGGAAUGAACUCAGUAUGAACUGGGACUUGAUAGAGGUACAAUAGGAUUUGUUGUAUCUAAUUUAAAAGUAUAAGCUUGUAUUUUUUUUUCUAAUGGUUGAUAAAUGAUGUCUUUGAGUAGCAUGAAAGUGGAUAUGCUUCAUGAACAGAAAUGAAAUGAAAUAGUUUUGAAUUUUCAUGGAAAUAUCUAAGUAUAAUGUGUUGGUAAAUGUACUCACUGAAUAUCCACGUAUGUUCUUCACCUCAGGUGCUGUCUACCCUUACGUGUGUGGAGCGAUGGGUGUGUUCAAACAUCAUUUCGCUGCUUCGUGAGGAGAACACUGUGCCGUUCAUGGUGCGCUAUCGUAAGGAAAUGAUUAACCACAUGGACGCCGAUGCCGUCCGAGACGUUCAGCUGGUGUAUGAAGAAUUACGGUAGGGAAACUCAAUCAAACAGUUUAAACUGAUAAAGGAAUUAGUUUUCAUCAGCAUUCACUCAAACCCUCUCAUGAGCACUACUUGAACACAUUCAAAGAGGGAAAGUUUCAGUUUGUAGACUGCAAAUUUUACUUUGGCCACUAGAUGGUGUUAGUGGCCAAGCUUUGAAGCCAAAAAUGCCCCUUGUGGGUAAUUGUUCUUUUUUAUUAGAUUUUUUAUGUGUGUUGUAUCAGACUUGCUUUUCUCUGUUGAUACUAUUAGACCUUUUGUUUUGAAUUGUUAUGAUUUCAGCUCUGUGUCCAAGAAGACCCAGUCUGUGAUUCAGACCCUGAAGAAAGAUGGGGCUUUGACAGACGAGCUGGAACAGGAACUGAGAAGCUGCCGGUCAGCUGAUGAACUGGAUCAUGUGGUCAGAACCACAUUUUACAUGAUACAUGCUACAUACAAGAAAUAUCCACGAUUUCAAUGUAACUCAUACAUCUCAUUUGUGACUGCGGUAUUCUGUAACUACACAUGUAUGUGACUCUUAUUCCAUCUCCUUCUAACUCUUUGUCGUAUGGUGUCUUUUUUUCCCUCUGUAGUAUUCCCCCUAUAAGAAGGGCAGUAAGCUGACGAAAGCUCGCCGGGCCAAAGCACUUGGCCUUGAGGCAGCUGUUUCGACACUGAUGGAUUCACCUCACACUCUAGAUUUAAGGGCAUGGAUAAAGCCUGACACUGAGGGUGAGUUAAAAGCACACAGACUGAAGAACAGAUUGUUAAAACCUAUAAAAGUUGAGUUCUUGAAGUGUAAGGAGUGUAUUUUUGUUUGUGUCAGGUCUGUCCUCAGUGGAAGAGGUCACUACAGGUGUGGAGCAUAUAUUGGCCGACAUGAUUGCCAAAGACCCAGAGACCCUUACCUACAUCAAAACAUUGUGAGAACAUUCAUUCAGUUCUAUUUCUUCAUUUAUUUCACUGUGCUCAACGCUGCAUUGGUAUUGAAAUCCCAGCAUCUUCCAUUUGAUAUAUAGACAACAACAGAUCGCCCUUUUCCCAUUCCUUUCCUCACUGUCUUCUCUUGCUUCAUCAGGUGCGAGAACAGCUUUGUGAGCAUCCACUCCUCUGUGUCCAAGUCAGCACUAAAAGAAAAAGCGCAGGAGAAACCUGGCCAGAGUGACAAAAAGCCAGGGGCUCAUCCAAAUAAAAACAAGGACAUUGACAAGUUCAACCUUUACUUUGACUUCACCUCCAACAUCCAGCGUAUCCAGUCCCAUCAGGUGAAUAGACAGGUUGUCGAUAAAAUACCAGUUUUACGAUUAUUCAGCAGUAUAAUAUAAGAUGGACAAAAGAUGGAGCCAACAAAACAUGUGGAGCAGAAAGCUAAAUCUCAGGCUCAGGCAACCACACGUCAAAUAUUAGGAAAGACAUAAAAACCUGAAGAGUGCUGGACUUGAACAGUGAUCUUGGCACUGUAGCCCAAAAAUAAACAUUUGAAAUAUAUUAAUUAAUCAGUUAAGUGCUUUUACGCUCUACCUUUUGAAGAGUUAGCUGUGUUUAAAAGAAGUCAAAUUUUAGAAAAAUGAUUGAUUUUUUCCACUUUAAAUCUGCUUUCACUCUGAUGCUCAUGCAAUAUCCCUGACUGAGUGACAGACUUACUCCUAAAAGGUUCACAAAAGCUUUACCCAUCAACUGAUUUAAGCGUGUUUCACCUUUGACAGUUGAAGUGAAUAAACACCAAACUCUAUUUAACUCUAUUUAUCACUUAGUGCAGGCACAAGUGAACUUGUAUGAACUGUUUAUAUGUUUAUCUUACACACACAAACAUCAUGCCAUGCACACACACGUAUACCUACAAACAAGUGUACACCAUCCGCUUUUUUUUUUUUCAUCAUUCCUGUCCGCUUCAUGUGCGCUGCCUCUGAAUGCUAGCCAUGUCAGUCACAGUUAGCCUUGUCUGUGCCUACGUAUUUACCCCUGCUGUGCCCUACUCUGCUCCCUCUCUGUCCCUCUAGUGACUAGUGGGUUACUCAGAGUUGGUCCCGGGCCUCAUGUGUCACCACAGCUUCUAUCACCCGCUGCCUCUCUGCUACACCACACUCUCUGGCAACCGUGCUCUGCCCUACAGUCAUACAAUCACAUACACAUACAUGCAAGCGCACACACUCACGCGCACACACAAGCACACCCUGCAAGUCCCUCGUUCUCUCCUCUUAACAUAUGUGACAUGUCCCCUGCCGACAUGCCAUUGGAUUAGGAAGCUUUGAUUGACAGGCGCUCUCUUGUGGUGACAGCUACUGCUGCUGGGCCUAUAGGCGGGCAGAAAGAUGUGGAGAGAAAGUGGGGGUAGAAAAGAGAGGGAGAGAGUGAACAGAUGAGCGAUGCUGAGGUGCAUCCGUCACUUAUCCCUCGUGCUCUGCCUCUCCUCUUUUUCCAAGUUAAGCUCAGCCCUCCCAUCUUUUCCACGUCUCCUCUCUCCCCCUCUCCUCUCAGUGUUUAAUUCGAUGACUCGCCUUUAUCAUGGAGCGUUAAUCCACAGGCUACUUUGACCCUGCUAGCUGUCAGAUUCCGGCUAAAACGAACCUUUUCUAGCCGUCAAGUUGCCGGAGAGGGGAAGCAGGUGGGAGAUGUGUUUUGACAGGAGGCAUGUGUGUGAGCACACACUCGCCCACUUGCUUUGGCACAUUUAAUUUGAGUCCCUGCUCUGGUUGUUUGCUGAAGGAAAAGCACGGGGCAAUGUAUGAAGGAAGGGCGAGAAAGAUGUUACGGUCGGUCCAGUGAACAUUUAAUUGGAAAUAUAACAGGAAAAUAACACCCUGUGGGAAUGAAAAAAAAAUACAUCCCCAAUGUUUGUAGUUUACUAAAGAGUGACAUUUCAGAGUAAAGAAGAAAUUAAAGCCUGAUUUGAGCACAUGCACAGUUAAUUGAAUUAAGACAUUCAGAGAAAUGUGUGUUAUGUAAGUCUAGUAGUGAGACUGAAAAAGGAAAAACCAUACAGUGUGGGUUGUGAGGAACAGUAUUUGCAAUUUAACGUCAUCCUCACAGUUAUUUUCUUGUUAGUUCAAUCAACUGUGCGGUCUUUAAAAUCCACAUUGCUGUCUUUUUCCAACCAACGGUCUAAAACAAAAAAAUAUCAAUAAUCACUAUGAAAGAUGAAAAAAAAGCUUCAACUUGGAAUUAACAUUGUUUAAGUUUGAUUGUUUAAUUUUUUUUGCAGUUUAAGAAAUCCGUUAAGGCAUAAUUGUUUCAGACCUCAGAUCUAUUUUCUAGAGUGGGAAGUGAGGAUAUAGAUGCUUUGACUAUUAGGGAUGCAAAGAUAGUUGUACUGUAUUUCUUUGGUAGAGCAGUUUCAGUUUGGUGUAGAUGUGCGCUAAUUCAUAUAAGGCAGCAUUAAAGAUAAUUUGAAUACAGGGUCUCCACACAGGCUAGAAGCACAGGGAGUACACCACACCACUGGGUAGCCUGACAUGUAGAGUGCUGCUAAAAUGUUGGUGUUGGUACAGUGAUUUUCUCAACAUAUAUCAUCUCCACACAUACUGAGUUUGACUUUUCAUUUAAUUAUUAUUAUUUUUUUUACCUGUAAUAAGUUUUGCGCUGUGAACUCAUCCUGGGGAAAAGUGGUUUCCUGUGAUCAUCAGUGUGUGUUAGUAACAGUAAUGAGACGCUCAGGCAGAAUGAGCAGAGGAUGCUCAGCUGAACCCUCAAACAGUGGUUGUUGAUCUCAAACCCAACGUUCUUCUAAUUUUUUGUUCAAUUUACCUUUUAUAUCAGUUUUGAAUUAUGUUUAAUUUAAAGUACAAUACAAAGGAAAUCUGAGUAGGCCCACAAGCCUUAGUUCCCAUAGUUCUUAAGGAAGGAAUAGAGAUACAUAGUGUGUUCUGUUGGAUUACCUUUAUGCACUGAAAAUAAGAUUUCAGAACCAAAUUUUUUGUGCUGUUGUAUCGCUACUAUUGAUUUAAAGGGACAAUAUAAAAUCCCCUGGUAUCUAGUAUGCCUGUAAGAAUAAGCCAUUUAACAUAACAAUCUAUGAUGAUUAGCUCAGAUUUAAUUCUGUCAGUUUUGAUUUGAGGGUAUGGACAUGUAUUGACCUUAUAGCUGUAAGCAGCCUGUGCGCUCUCGAGAAUGCCAGGGCUGAUUUGUUGGAUGUGCAGUGGAGUAUUUUUAAUGCGAUUUGCGUCAGAUCAAAUGGUAGUUUAACGCUGCAGUCUACGGACUGCCUGGAGAGGAACUUUAGUAAAUAAAACUUUUUUGUCAGUGGAACACUUUUUUUCUGAUGGAUGAGGGGAAAAAACAACUUUGUUUGCACAGUCGGAGAUGCUUCAUUUGUGUGUUUAGUAAUCUUUAAGCCCGAGAUAUUUUGACUUUUUUAAAAAUUUUCAUUGUAUGCUGAUUAAUUGAGUUAGUUUCUUAUCUAUUUUUCUCAUUUAAACUAUGGUUAAUUAUCCCAAAGACUGUCGAUUAACCUGAACAAAAUCUUAUUUAUCAAUUUCCUUUCAAGAAUCAGGCAGAAGCUAUAAAAGAAGAAGCGCUCCAGAUCGAGUAAGGGAGAGAAAACAGCUACUUUUCACAAGUGUGUCAGCCAGGUUAGAAUGUAUGCCAGUCUGCUGUGUGUCAGUGUGUGUGUGUGUGAUGGUCUACCCUUGAUAUGUGGGAUGGUUAGAUGUGUUGAUGAUAGUAUUCCUGUAGAGAAAUGGUGAGACAGAGAUGGAGACAGAAAGGGAGAGGACAGUUGUUGGCUGACUGCCCUCCCUUGGGGGCUGGUGGAAGGAUGAAGGGGGCGUCUGGGAAAGACAUUCUGUCUGCUCUUGUCAGAGUUUGGCCAGUACUUGGCUAUGUGUCACUCCUGGCCCAUCUAACACACAAACACAUGCUUUUCGCCCUGUCUCACAUCACCCUUCCUUUUAGAUCACCCUCUGUCUCCCACCAGUGACCCAACCCUGAUAGAAACUGAGAGACAAACACAAACACACAUCAGCUUAUUUGUCAUUAGCGAGGACAGUGGCCAACUACAGAAGAGAACAACAGAGACUUAAAUUGCACACCAGCCCCGUUGCUUUUAUUUAUGUUACAACAAAACUAUAAUUAGUAAGCUAGCCGGAUAAAGGGAAGAUGAAUUUUACUCUUUUUAUAAGAUGAGGAAAAAUUUGUGUUCUGCGUUUGUAGAUUUGCACUUUUACUCAUUUAUGUGUGAUGCGUGUGUAUCAUGGCAGCUACGAAAGAAUAGGUGGUCUCCAGAAAAUUCUUGUGUAUAGAAAAGAGUAGCUGCAGUUUGAGGAAAAACAGGAAUAAUUUGUAGACCCCUUUUUCAUAGGGCUUUGUGGCCUUUGUUUCAUUGUUCCCCUUUUUUAAUUAUAAAUUGAUAUUCUAAUAACAGUCAAUUUUUGCAAUACAACCAUUGAAUAUUUUAGGUGAUUGCGCUCAUAUUGAGCUCUUUAACACUUGGUCACCCCCAAGUUUAAUUGGCAGAAAGUGCUGAUGAAAGGGAAUGUGGUAAUCAGCAUCAUACAGUGAUCCCAUAAAGGUUUCUAUGCCAUUUUCAACAUAUAUUCUGAAAAAUUAUCCCAAAAAAAAUAGCUGUUGAACCCUCAAAACAGAUCUAUUCAGACAUUUUUAUGUUAAACUUCUUUUAUCUGACAGGCUUUCUGAAAUAUACAAAGAAUUUAGCAGGAUGCUUUUUGCUUCCUUCCUUUUGCAGCAUAUUAAACUUUGAGGCUUUGAUGAAGAUUGUUUGAGAAAUCUCAUCUCUCAUCCUUGUCAUAGUUGCGGCCUAGGGCAGAAACAUGCCAACAGAGAAGAAAUCUAACUUUAAAUCAUAUUCAAGCAAAAGUGCUGCAUUAAUUCCUGCGUCUUGGAUGCCAUUAGCUGUGUUUUGUAUUUUUAUUUGUGUGUGUGCGCGCGUGAGUUUGCGUGUGUGUGUGUUGCAUACGUCUGCAGCCCAUCUGAGGGUGCAGCUGAGUGGUAAUGGUUGUGGCACCACGUGUCUGGGUGCGGGUGGGGGCAGGCCUUGCGGUCUCAGCGCUGAUGGUGGCGUAGUGGUGGCAUUUGUCAGCUCGCUUCUUCCGCUUGGUUUCCAGAUUGACAUCUUGUUUCUUGGCCCUGUUCUGUGGCGGGAUAAAGGUUCCCCACUGAAAAGGUCAGACACUUAAUACUGUUUGCUUAACAGCAUGUAACAGUUCCUCCAAAGGGGGGACCAGCACACAACACUACAGCCUAGCCAUAGGAUAGACUCCUAGGCUUGUCACUUCCACACGCAUGUGUGUGUGUGAAGUGAUUUUGUUUUUGUGAUUGUGUUUGGACAUUUUGGUGUGUGUGCUUUUAUAGGCAUACUGUGUGUGUACACUCACCUUAUACAACCUAAAAUGUGCCUUAUGUGAACAAGUAUUUCUUUCCUUUUUACACUUUAUUUCUCAGCUGAUACCAAAUGGAAAUAAUCUGAAAACUUAUGAAAGAAGAGCAGCAUACUGAGAUAUUAUCUACUUACAGUUUUUUUUUUUUAAAUUAAAUGUGACUGAAACUGAGCAAGCAGAGUUUUUUUUUUAAAGGAAGAAUGAUACUCAGGUCUCUUUCUUUGUACACCUUGCAAUCAUAUCCAUUUCGGCAUUCAGACUAUAAAACUAUACAAAGAUAAAACCAGAUACAAAACAGAAACCCUCAAUGAAUUAUCAGUUACUUGUUCAAUAGGUUGUACAGAUAUUUCUAGAGAUGUGAUGGGGUUUACUGUACUUUUUAAAGUGCUAAUCCUUGCAGUAGGAUACUUGCAGAUGUGUUGAGUGGUCUGUUUUCUGGGGCAUCCUGUCUAUGGAUAAUUGUACUGUAUUUAACUAUGGAAUAUUGUGUGUGUGUCCACAGACCCUGGCUAUCAACCGAGGAGAGAGUCUGAAGAUUUUGAUGGUAAAAGUGAACAUUCCUGACAAGGUGAAAAGUGAUUUCACCAGGUGGUGCAUCAGCAACAGGUAGAAACCAGAAUAAUUCAGAAACAUUUUUACUCACUUUUGUAUUUUAAAUGAAAAAUAAACAAAAAUAAGUAACCAAAGGAUCUGUAAAAGUGAGCUACAAAAGAAAUGAGGUCAUUUCUGAUAAACGCAUUUAGUUGACACAAGUAAAAAUUAAAGGUAGGAAAAUGGAGUUGCACUUUAUGUUUAAGUAGUCCUCCAAUCUUAAUUAUUAUCUUAAAUUUAUUGAAUUUUUCAUGCUUAAAUCUGGGUGUUAUUAAUGUUUGUUGAGGAUAUUUGCUUUCCCAGGGAGGGAGUCAGUAUGCAUAGAAAAUGAAACCCUAUGUAUAUCUAUGAACUGCAUUUAUCAGUGAAAUGGAGGAGAAAAAACAUCUUAUAUCCACAUUGUUUUGUUUUAGGUGGAGGCCAAAGACUUUUGCACGGGAAGAGGUUCUUGCCAUCAUCAAGAAUGCAGUAGAGGAUUCUUACAAAAGGCUUAUUCUGCCUUUCCUUACCAGGAGUUACAGGUAAUUUUAGGGUGUGUGUGUGUGUGUGUGUGUGUGUGUGUGUGUGUGUGUGUGUGUGUGUGUGUGUGUGUGUGUGUGUGUGUGUGUGUGUGUGUGUGUGUGUGUGCGCGCCUUUUAGUGGGCGGUUUGGUUCAGUUUGGUGUGUGAGUGAGUGAUCCGGCUUUGUGUACUCCGGGUCAUGAGAGAUGUCCCUGUCCUCACAUCAUGUGUGUCUCAGUGAAUUAAAUGCCUUUGUAUUCCCAAUCUACUCAUGUUUUGGUACUUAUACUGCGUGCAAAUUAGGGAUGCACCAAUCUAAUAUUUGCAUCGGUUAUCAGCUCCGAUAUUGACAAAUUAACUGUCGAUCCACUCUUUUUUUUUUCUUUUAAUUAUUUUUUCUUUUAAUAAAUCUUACUUCUUUUUGCUGUGGGCUAAUGUGCAAUUUGUUUAUAAAUAAUAUUGAGUAAAUUUAUAUCUGUGUUAAUUUGUUACCUUUUUUUAACAAGGCUAAUGUCAAGCCUGAUGCCUUCACUCACAGUGCAAGGUGUACAGUUUAUUCAUUCAACAGUAGUAUUUGAUUGGUAUCAGAUAUCAGCCGAUAUGCUCAGCCCAGGUAUCGGUAUCAGAUUGAAUCGGAAAAAAAUGGACCGGUGCAUCUCUAGUGCAGGUGUUGUUCCUGCUCUCACCAGGACUGCAGUGUUUGCAGAAGUGAAGUGGUGCUUUGUCUGUGACCAGUCCACAGAGAAAGAGAGGACCAACAUCAUGCAGUGCAUGCUCAUAUCAGUGAAUUUCUUUCAUUUCUUUAUUCACAAAAGUCUGCAUGGUGUAUUGGGAAAACCUUUUUUUAGUGCAGACUGCUCAGGUGCCAAAACACCACCAACAGUGUUUUCUGGUUGCUUGUGAAAGAACCUGUAAUGACAGUUACCUCUCUUCGAGCCGCAUAAUGCAGUUAGUCAUUUUGUUUUUAUUUGUUUUACUAAUCAAACUUUGGAGCCUGAACCCCUGCUGACCUUGCCUCAAAGGAUGAGGCAUGAGAGGGACUAACACAGAGAGACAGACAUCUUUUUCAUGCUCACAUCAGCUUGAAGCAGGGGCAGAUGUUUGAAGGAACAGUAAAAGCUGGUUGCAACAUGUCGAAUACAUUGAUGACAAACACGUGUGGUUGUGGUCCAAACAGAUCACACACCAACCAUGAGCAGUUGGACCACUGGUGCCUCCUCCAUUGAAAACACUGCCUUCAUUGUUUAUCUUUCUGCUCUCCUCUUCCUGCGCUACACUUACCUCUCCUUCAGUUUUCUUUAACUUUUGCUUUAGUAGAUGAACUCCUGCUCAUCUCUCACUCCUUUCUUAACACUCUGCUGCAAUCUCUUCAUAGGACUAAGCUGACAAGUGCAGCAGAGAAGGAGUCAAUUGCCAUGUUUGGUAGGAACCUUCGCCAGCGCCUGUUGGUAGGUCCAAUCAGAGGCUGUGUCAUCAUGGGGGUGGACCCUGGCUUUAGACAUGGCUGUAAACUGGCAAUUCUGUCCCCUACUAGUAAGUGACAAGGAUGCUCUGUAAGAACAUGUAUGUUUUCACCUGUAGGAUUGUUUAUGUGUCCAUAUGGAGAGUAGGUUUAGGACAUAACAGUCUCAUCACAAAGCCCACAAUAAGGAUGCAUUCAGCAGUAGUAUGGACUUCAUUCAGCAUCUUCUUGUCAUGAUGAUAAUUCUAACAGCACUCUGUAUCUAAUCUUUCCCUCUUUUUGUCCUCCUCUUGCUCUUAGGUCAAAUUCUGCACACUGAUGUUGUUUACCUUCAUAGCUCAGGCCAGCACAGGGAAGCAGACAAAUUGUGCCACCUUAUGAAGAAAUACAGGUACUGCUGCUUGUCUCUAAAUAUCCACUAUUUAAGUACCAUUUAAACUCAGUUAAAUGCAAAGUAAAAGAAGUCUAAUCCUGAUUUAUCACAGAACAUAAACUUUGGGCAGAGAUGUGAAUUGUAAAUCUUCAUUAUUCUCCUGCUUGUCCAUUCUAGCUGCACCAGGGUUGUCAUCGGCAAUGGGACAGCGUGUCGUGAGACUGAAUCCUUCUUCGCUGACCUCAUCUCCAGGCAGUUUUUCCAACCUCUGGACGUGUCUUACUGGUAAGGUCUUCCAUCCAGUCAACACUAGAGCAGACCCCAGUUACCUCCUCCUAUUCUGUAAAGAAAGAAGGUGGGCUUAAAGAGUGAAUAUCUUGUUAAAAGAAGAAAUACUAACACAUACCUCAAAUGUGCUGUUUACUAUGAAGCCAGUCAGGAGUUACUGCUUCAUUUUACCAUGCCAGUCAGCAUGCUUUGGAGCUGAUCACAGGUCAUCAAAAUGUUUUGCCUUAAAAAAUCAAUUACACGGUUUCGUAGAAGUUAGGUGAGGUAUAAAGAUGUUUUACAAGUAUUUGAUAAUUGAUUGGUAUAGUUUUGAAAACCGUUUAUGCUUAAAUUUGCUAAAAGUAUGAGGAGCAAAUGCACAUUGACAUGAAUACGUAUUCUGUAAAGAGUCACUGCUAUGGUUUAGUCUGAAAUAUUGAAAGAGGAAGACAGUGACACAUACAGACAGGGCAGACAGGGGUUGACAGUGAGGUUUAAAAUUAAAACCAUUUAGGAAGUGAGGGUAGACAGAAUGUGGAAGGUUUAGUGUUUGUUGGAAAAGGUGCAGGUAAAUAAGUGUGUCAGUUAUGCUUAAGAGAACAGAGCAUUGUAAGGAAAUAUGAGAAAAAGUGGGCCACAGAUGGAGACAAAGACAAACUGGAAUGUGUCCCCCAAGCGAAUGUUGUCUAUUAAAGCCAUCUGUACUACAUCUCACUUUGGUCCGAUUAAAGAGAGGUUUUGUGGUCAACGUUGUGUCUGUAACCAGGCUCAGUCCACACUUUAGAGUCCAGCAGCCGUAAACCCUGUUCCAAGCAUAAUAACCACCGGCUUCUCCUCCUCUUUCUCAAUUCCAUGUGUGUUUGUUGACUUGAGGCGAGCCAGGACCACAGUCUAGAAAGACGAGGGGCAUGAGUGUGUGUGUGUUUGCAUAUUACUUUUGGGCUCAUGCACAUACAUGCACGCACACUUUAGAGGUCAUAACUUAAGUGUAAUAGCCCACAUCUCUCAUCCUGAAUUCAUAUUUUCUGUCUGAAGAACAGAAACAGCUGAAGUGGGGUGUUUAUUAAGAUCAAUUCCACUUGAUUAUUUUCACGACAGCCUUUUUUCUUUCACCUCAAGCAGCUCCAGAGCCAAACAUUUCACAUCUUUAUAUAAUGUUCAUUCUUUUACUGGAGCUAAUAGCAUUCUUACGUUGUACAACAGAGAGAAUUUCAGACUCAUGUUUGAUGUGGGUUUGGCUGAAUCUUGUACACCACCUGACAUAUUAACUAUAAUUUUAGAGCACAUAACACGUGUGAAUAUUUCGCCUUUGCCUUGAUAUGAUUUGCAGAAUAAAGACUCUUGCAAGUUUAUGAACUUUGCAAAAGCGGGGAAACUUUAUUUUGAUUUUAGGCAUGGUGGGAUGGUUGUUUUUAUACAGAUUAUAUCACCCUGGAUUUGUUCAGCGGCAAGCCUCUCUUUGGUUACUUUGGAACAAGGAAGAUGCGUGCUUGGAGGCAUAUACAUGCAAAUGGAAUCUCUAUGUUAAAAAUGUACAGACAUACUUCUUGCGCCACCUUCUCACCAACCUUAUUGUCCUUCUUUUAUUUUGGUAUCUUUAUUUUCUUUUUACUUUUCUCUUGCUUCUGAAUUCUUGUCUUCUAAAUGACCUCCAACUGUCCUCUUGAAACUCUUUCAUUAUUGAAGAGUGAUCAAAUAUUUUCCUUUUGAAAAGCCCUGCAAAUGUAGUUUCAACAAAUAUAAUAUGAUGAUGAUUAUUAUUAUUAUUGUUAUUAUUAUUAUUACAAAUAUAUUAUUAUUACAAAUAUAUUAUUAUUAUUAUUAUUAUUAUUAUUAAUACUAAUAAUAAGAAUUAUAAUUAUAAUAAUGAUAAUAAUAAUUCAUUUUAUUUGUACAGCGCUUUUAAAAACACUCAAAGGCGCUUUACAUAGUACAUAAAACCCAAGGUAAUAAAACAAAGACAUAAAAACAGUAGAAAUAAAAUGAAUAAAACAGUUAAAUAUUAAAAGCUAUUUUAAAUAAGUGAGUUUUUAAAGGGGAUUUGAAAGUAGUAGGGUUAGGUAAGUGUCUGAUGGAGGGUGGGAGGGAGUUCCAGAGGGUAGGGGCAGCUGUGGAGAAUGCCCGCUCCCCCCAGGUUCAAUAUAACAAAUACUCUUUUUUUUAACACCAGUGGAAAUGUUUUUGUGCCAUCAUGGACUGUUUCAUUUUGCUUUGUAUUAAUUUUAUGUCCAGUUAAUAACAAGUAGCUGAGAUAUUAUUAAGAGGCAAUAAAACAUAGGCAGUGUUUCCUUCAGAGUGAUGCUAUGCCUUAAGAGGCAGAGGUAGGGACAAGGAUGAUGUUGAAAGAAAAUACAUUACACAUUGUUAAGUAAUGUGAAUCUGAAGUUAUUUUUUACUGGCAAUUGAGUCUUCAGUCUUGAUGUAGGACAGCUAUUGAGACUUGUGGAGAGUAGACAGUGUAGGAUGACAUGCAGUAACUAGCAGUACCCCAAGUUUCCUUACUUUUCUUGAGGUCUUUAUGACCUCAUUUGACGUCCAGUAGUUUCAAGCAUUAAGGACUACAACAAUAAGAUAUUGUAACUUUGUUUCAGAAAGUUUUAUUUUCUUUAGUAAAUAAUAGAGAGGUGCCAGUAUCAGUUUUAAACCACACGCAGUAAGACAAAUUAUCGCAUCGCACCACCUGUUGUGAUUCUUGAAAAGCUGUUAAAAAGAAGAUAAUAUAGAGCAAUUUAAAUCAGCGGACUGAAAUGAUACAUUAACAGGUGGGAGGUUAAUACCAUGUUUACCAAGCCUCUCCUAUUACAAAGUUUGAAAACUUUGAUUUUCCUAAACAGAACAGACAUAAUUUCUUUUAGUUUCCUUGUAAAUCCUGGUGUUGGAUGUUGGUCUAUAAUGGGCUAAAUUUGACUAAAACACCCCUUGAUAGAUGAUGCUGUGAGGAUGGGGAGAGAUGACCGGCCUUGAUGAGAGACUGUUGUUUCUAACUAUGAGGGUCUCACUCCCCUGCUGACUGACCCAAAGCUGACCCUGACCUGCCAUUGGAGAAACCUCAUUACUAGGGCAACGGGGAUGAUGGCAAUGACGGAGAAUAGCCAUGUAGCAUUAGAAACAGCAAGGGGUCUCAGUGCUUGCUGUGAUUGUCCCCGCUACAAUUAAUUGACCCAGUUUUUGCUAUACUCCGACUCUGUGCAUUUCUAUAUGUUCGAGUCUUUGUCAGUUGACCUUCCCCGGAGAGCAGGUAGAAGCAGACUUUAAUGCACAGGUGCAGAGAGUCUUUCAGGCUGCCCGUAUGGAGGCAGCUGGCUCAGUUUUUAGGGUACAGAAACCACCAUCAUACAAACAGCGUCCUAACAUUUUAAAGUAAAGCUGGAUACUGUCCCAUCUUUUUGAAUGUUACAUUAAGCAACCAACUCUUUCCAUCUUUACCUCCAUGUCGCUUUUCAUCCUCAGCUACUGAAAACAGCUGUGUGCUCUGAGAAAGAUGUACUGUGGCUCUCAAGCAGAUUUCUCCGAAUUGUGUAAGGUUUUAUUUAGUCUUGUGUGGUUUUAUUGAACCAGACUGCAGUACAUCUGUGCCUUGUUUUGUGGGACCAGCCAUUAAAACCUGACAUUACCAAUGUGAAACAGUGCUUGUAAGAGCUUUUAUGUGACUUUAUUGAUAUGAUGCGUGUAUAUGUGUGUGUGGGAGUCUAAGUGAACCUAAACUACAGAUAUGCAUAUGAAGUUAAAAUAAGCUCUCUGGUCCAGCACUGUCCUGUCUUGUCAGCCCCAACAGUGUGAUAGUUCAUUAAAGACCUCGGCCUCAUUUGCACCAUCUGCUUCCUGUCUCCCUGUGAGCCUUCAUUGUGUCACCACCCCCACCCUUCUCCACCCUUUAUUCUCCACCCGCCUGUCUCGCUCUCUCUGUCUUUCUGCCUCAAUGCUCAGCUGGAAUGACAGCCAGAAAUGGCAGCCUGCGGGACAUCCUUAUUUGUAUUUUUUCUGUGUGUGUGCGUGUGUGUUCGUGUGUGUGUGUGUUCAGUAUUUAGUGCCCUAGUCCUGUUUGAGUAGACUCAUCUUACUCACUGAGUCACCUCUUCUAUUUUGAAAGGAGUGUGGCCUUUUCCAAAGCAACCAAACAAGGGCACACAUUUGUUUGAGUGUAUAUCUAAGCAGUGUAUUUGAAGUAGACAGGUUCUGUAUGUCCGGUUGAAAUGUUUAUGAAUAUGAAUAAAAGUCUCUCUCCAUGCCUGCCAUUUUGAUAAAAUAUGACUAACAUGCUGAUCAAAUUAAAUGAAUUUUUAUAUUUCUUAGACAGAUCGUACACCCUUUGGAUCAUUUAUGUAGAGUAGGAUUGUGACUAACAAGAUUUUUCAUGAUCUUUCUUAUUUUUUCUGUUGUAUUUUUCUACAAAAAUUAACUAAAUGUAUAGAAUAUUUAAAUAACUAAGAGAUAUCAAAUAUUGGCAUUUAAUUAGCUUUAAGUAGAGAUGUCUGGGAUUAACAGGGUACUCUAUUUCAUAGCUUUUCCUGAAUAGGUUUCUAGUGGUAAAUUCUUUUAGCAUUUAUUGAAAAUUACAACAUAAAAAGGACAUAUACAAACUUUUAUUGAAGCUUUCACAGAUAUUUCAGUUUUGCAAUUGAUUCUUUCAUUGAUAUUACUUUUUAAAGCACUAGUUUCAUAUGCACAUUUGUAUUUUCACAAUAUUUUUUAGGUACUUGAUUGAGUAUAAUGUUUGAUUUUCUGUUUUCACCAAGAACAGAAUGGAGAAUCAGUUUUAUUGAAGCACAUUCUGUGAUCAUAGACUGUUGAAGGGGAAUAUGACUUAUUAGUUAACUCUGUUAUCCAACAGGAAACCAGUAAACAUCCAUAUUUGGGAAGGCUCCUACUAUGAUUGUCCAUUUUCGGCCUUUAAUAAUACUGGCUGACUGGUCCAGUGUGAAAUUUGCCAGUUGGCUUUUCUUGGAUUUUGCAUAAAUGCAACCUUUUGCUUGAGAGGUGUGAUGUAAUGACAUAAAAUACAAAUGCUGCUAGAUGGUGGAUUGCAAUCAGUGUCAUCACAGCGUAAAGUGUGACAGCUUUUCAACUACAUCAGAAGUAAUUAUCCUUUACUGUUGUCUUUGCUAAGUGGAGAAUAAAUCACCAGAUUCGCCUUUUCAUCCUCUAUUAGAUUUACAAAAACAUAACCUUUACAUGAUUAAGCUUGAACAAUGCCUCUGUGAAUGAGCAGACUCCUGCAGGACAUUAUGCAGCAUGAGGUAUUAUUCAUCUGACAAGGUUUGUCCGCGCCCGUGACGGCUCCCACUGAACGCACAUUACCUUAUUUGCCAUACAGCUGUGUCCCGAUAAUUCAGAGACCUCCUGCUUGAGAGUUUGUGAUGUCAUACUUUUAAAAAACUCCACAUUUCCAUCUAGAAAUCACUAUGUUUAGGUUUUAUUAAAAUCUGCUUGUACUUGGGUGUGUGUGAGUGUGUAUAUAUGUAUAUUGAAAAUGUCAAAAUAUGUAAUCUCAUGUAUAGCUGUGUGUUUCUCGUGAACACCUGCUCAUUGCUUGCACGCUGCCUCCUGGUGUGUGUGUUUAUUCCUCAGCUGUGUCACAGGCCGACACAGCAUGACCUUGUCUGUCAGUGUGCUUUAGCACUGACUGGUAGAGCGAGCAGGCUUUGUCAACGCACAUGAAAGUUCUGUGGAUCGGCCAGAUAAAUAUCUGCGUGUGUGUGCGCUCUUUUUCACUGGGUGAUAUGUAGUGUACGUUACUCUUGGUGGCUGGUGUUUUUGCAUAUUUGUGAAAGGAGGUGAUUGGUCCUGCUGACUUAGACACGCAUGUGCACACUCAAGUUACUGAGAGUUUACCUCGGUACCUUUUAGAGGACAUCUUUGAAAUGUCAUGAACAAACAGAAAUCAAAGACUUCCUGACUGCAACCUUUAUCGAUCACCCUAAAGUAUUGAAUAAAUUAGCUGUUUCCAUAUAAUCUGUUUAACAAAGCUCACCUCCUUUUCUUAUCUUUGGACCAGAACUACAGUAUGAUUGUAUUUUUUUUGUUCUUUAUUUUUUUUAAUUUACAUUUUUACAACAAAUUUAGAGCACCUGGAAAAAAAAAAAAAACAUGUCACCUGUGGUGCAUCUUAUGUGUAAAGUUGACUGUCCCGAUAGUUCUGAGCUAAAGGAAAGCCCAAGCAUGAUAUCCAGCAGGGGGUAAAUGAGCCCACAUCAAUUUUGUUUAUAUAGUCUGCUAGUCACAGCUGAGUUGAACCCUCUUUGCAGACUUGAAUGUAUCCUUUCCUCUCACCUCAGCAUAAAAAGCUAGAAAAGCAAUUUUUUUUCAGUUUUUAUUUUGUGUCUGAAAGUUUUAAUCAUUUAUGGUGCUGCCAUCAGCUUCUUCUCUUGCCAGUGAAAUUAUUGUCGUGUCAUUUAUGCCGUCUUGAAGAUUUGUAAAGUGGUGACCCGGUGCAUCAAAUUGGCAGAAACAUUUAUUUAGGGUUCCAUAUUUUUUCAAUUUAAAAUAAAUGUUUGAUAAAAUUUCAAAUUUUUUAUUAUUUUUUAUUUGAUGUGGAUAAUGUGAUUGUUACAACCAUGUUAUUUUGUGCUACUUUUGACUUUGAUGUUUUUUGUCAGAGGCCAGUCGUGACCACUGUUGUUUGUUGAACUCAACUUUAAUGAUAUUUGCUGUGACAAUGUGUUGAUUGAACUAUAACUCAUUUGAAUAUUUUAAUAUGUGUUUGUGGCUGUGUGCAUGAAGGGAUGACAAGUUGACAGCGUCUGGUUGCAAGAUGCUGAUGCUAAUGAUAUCAGAGGGCAAGAACAUGUUGGGUAAGGUUACAGAGAUCUUUGGGCAAUGAUGAUGAUGAUACGCACACAAACGCACACACAUACACACGGGGAACACGACAAAGGCAAACAAAAAUGACUUCCAAUUUCUUGACCACUCGCUCUUUUGCUCCUGAAGGCAGUGAGAUGACUGACCCUGUUACUCCUCUUCAUGAACGCACCAACACAUCCUUGAGGGUUCCAGUGACAGCGCCUCUGUUUGUCUUGAAUGAAUGACCUGAAUUAGGAUUGUUUGAUCAGAACUUAUUACUUUGAAAGAGACAACAUGAAAUGAAGGAGGUUUGCUGUGUAACAAAGAAGUUACUUUUGCUUUACAGUUACCUCUGACUGAGAUUAACAUGUCGCUAUGUCCAUUUAUUUAUCCUCUCUUAAUGUCAGAUGAUGUGUUUUUUGUGUCUUUUGUAGUAGUCAUGGUUCUCUCCUUGACUGGUUCAAGUUUUCCAAGAGCAGUUCAGGCAUUCACAACAUCAAAUAGCCAACAGUGUAGGUCUGCACUGACACACAGACAUGGCUACGAUAAGUCCUUGACCAUCUCGCCCUACAGCCCUCUCCUGGUGGGAUGAGAUCAUUAUUACUGGCUAGCUGAUGGACCUGGAGGACAGUGGUGUAGACUGUAUUUAUGACUGCGUGUGUGUGUAUCCCCUGUCAUGUCCUGUGUCCGGGUAUGCUCCCAGGGCCAGGCUGAGUGAGUGAUGAACAUACAGUGGCAGGCCCAGCUAUGACUGAGUGAGAUCCAGGCACUCAGGCCUAACCAAAGGUUUGAAGGUUAGGUAGAAGGUGGAGCAGACGGGGCAGAUGAAUUUAGAGGCAUGGAAAGGCCUCAGCUUCACUGUGAGGUGUCUUUAAAUUAGAGGAAGAUUCAAGUUUCAAGAUUUUUUUUUAUUGUCAGUUCUUGCUAUAUGUAAGUACAUGCACAGUAAUCGAAAAGGAUGAUUCUCUCCAGCCCAGCGGUCACGUGUCCAACUUUUUAAAACUUGGUUUGCUCAACAUAAGUUCCCUGUCCAACAAACAAAUUUAUUUGCUGCAAUGAAACUGGGUUUCUAAUUUCCAGCUAAAACCCGGCUCACUGUUGGUGACUCUGUUCAUUUGAUCCAAUCAGCUCUCUCAAAUCUUCCCUUUUUUUUAACAGGCCCUGAAUCUCUGGUAGAACGGAUGGAUUGACAGUUAUUUUUGAUAAUAAUUUUAACUGCAGACUUAUUUCUCUUUGUGAUUUCUCUUCCUUUGAAUCUCUUUGUUUCACAAUCCCUGGGAUCCCCUAAACCCUUUAUAUUUCAAUCUACAGACCUCCUUGAUCUGUCACUGGAUUUCUGGAUCAAUUCUCAGAUCUACAGACUAUUGCAAUGCCAACAUUUGAUAAGAUUGUGAUCAUGGGAGAUGUUAAUAUCCAUGAUUGUUGCCCUGACAACCAUUUGGCUUUGGAGUUUUUAUCUAUUAUUUAUUCUUUUAAUCUUAGCAGACAUGCAUACCUACACAUACAAAUGCAAAAAAAUGGUUCUGCUAUACAUGUUUACAUAUGACCUAAACUUCACUAUUACACAGCAAAGAGUUACAUGCGACAAAUCAUUUCUGAGGUUGUUUGAAAUAAGUUAAAUCUGUGUCGGCAGCCUGUUGAGUGUAAUUCUCAGGGUUUCCCUCGGCAUAUGAUUUCACAGCAUGAAACUGUUCAUAGACUAUAGGUGUAGACACGAAUAGUAUAGACUGUGAUCUUGUAAGCAGUCUGCAUUAAGUCCACAAAGUUAACCACUGACUCACUGCCCAUUACCAGUUUGCAGAGACUUGUGCCCCCAACCUCUAAUCUUGUCAUAUUAGGGAGUCUUCUCAGUGAUAUCAGCACCCUGUGAAGUUUAUUUAUAGAUAGACAGACAGACAGACAGACUUUAUUGAUCCCAAACUGGGAAAUUCACAAGUAGCUCCCGAGUGUUUUUACUCAGUGAUAACCACUGUUUUCUUUUAAAUGCAUGAUUAAGGCCAAAUAAGGGAAAGAAAACAAUUAAAUGCCUCCCUCUGCCUUUGAUACAGAUAUAUUGGUUGCAUGUGGGUAUCAGGCGCAGCUCACAUUUUCCAGAAGACAAACAGACAUUGACGGUGUGUAUUGAACACCAAAUUUAAGGGUAAAUUAUGGAAUGAAUGGAAAUUUUCCUUGAGGCUGUGUCGUAAAGUAUUCUACCCUCUUCUCUGUAUUAUACCUUAUACCUUUAGAAUAACCAGUCAGUUUCCCCUGAAAAGAGUGUACUUGUGCUCGUGUAUGUAGCCCACCAUUGUUGGGGCAGAUGACUUGGACCUUUGGCAUUCGCAGGUGGUGGACAGUGAAUAUCUGCCAGUCUCAUCUUUAUCACCCCCAGCCCCCUCUCUCCUCCCACCAUGCCUCACUGGUGGUCAGCCUCUGCCCUGUCGCCUGCCCCUCCUUCCACCAGCCCUCUUUGCCAUCCUCCCCUAGGCUCCCACUGUUCGCUGUGAUGGUCCUAUGUGUGACAAACAUGUGUGAUGAGUCUGUAUGACAUGCCAUGUGUGUAGUUGGAAUUUGGGUUGUGUGUGUGCCCAUGCUGGUGUGUGUGCAUUUUUGCGUGACACAGGCACAGGCCUUUGCUGCUACCAGAUUGACAUGAGUGUCUGUGAGGCUUUGCUCUUUUCAGACGUGCCUCACACUGGCAGUUGGAGUUUAUGUGUGUGUGCGUGUGCCUGCCUGCCUUCUAGCGCCUCGCUGGAGACUGACGGCCCCUGACACCUGCCAUUUGGACGCUUUUCUCUGUGAAAAAUGUCAUCGUCUUCAGACCCGACGUGUGUGUGUGUUGUGUGUGUGUGUGUGUUGCUGUUUGGGACUUAGACAUAGUGCAUUCCUCAAUUUGUCUCCCUGAGGUCAAGCUUUGCAGCUGACUGAACAAUGGACCCAAGCUGUUUGAGCAGAGAGGACAGAGAAACUUGUGUGUGUGUGUGUGUGUAUUUUUUUUUAAGUAUGAAUACAUUUUAAGCUGGUAACGUGUGACCAUCACAGCUCUAUCUGUGGCAGCAAAAAAAGCCAGUCAAGUGUUUUGAACAAAAGUACGGUUAAACAAAAAAGUGAAGUAUCAACCCAAUAUAGUAUGACUUCAUACUUUAAAAGACUGUGAUGCCAUUUUUGAUGUUGCUGUUAUGUGCCUUGACUGGCAAACGAUCAAUACCCAGUGAGCUCCUCUUUACCUUUUCAUUUCAUGGUUCAUAUUGUCACUUGGUGACAUAUUGAGUUUGCUGUAAGUGCUGAGGUAACCUUGGCGGUAGAAGCUUUGCUUGAAUGAAGACGACGGCUCAGUUUGAGUUCAUGCAGUUGAUUUUGUGUGUGUGUGUUUGUUUAAAGGAAUUAUCAUCACUAUUAGAAAAACAAACUACUUUGUGUUCUUCAAAUUUCAGAAAAUUCCACAAGUGAAAAACACAAGACAGAGUUGUAUGACAAAGUAUAUGAUCAAAUUGACGCAAAUGAAUAACAGGGAAAGAAAAAUUUUUUAAGUCUUUCUUUCCCAAGUAUAUUUUCAUUAAAAAUAUACUUGCAUGUACUCUUACCUGCACAUAAAUGGAAUUUAUUAUAAAAAGAAGUGUACUUAUGCAAAGACAGUGGUUAAGUUAAAAAAACAUUAACAUAAUGGUAAUUUACGGUGCUCUUGUCUUUCUAUACUUGCUUAGGGCCCUCACUUUUUUCAAACCUGUUAUUGAAUACCUCUGCAAUAUUUUCUGAGUAGGAAAUUAAUGAAACCAUAGGUCCUAAAAUAUAAAAUGUUCUACAUUUGCCAAACAAAAAUGUCAAACAUUUGCUUAUUUCAUCUCUUUCAUUGAAGGAAAUCAGCUUUUCUGAGUUAAUAAUGAUGAUGAAUGAAGAAGAAAACUAAAGAUAGCAUUUAUUUGUGUUUUUUAAAAAAUUGAUGGACAUUGUUAUAAUUUUUUGGAAUUUCAGAUUUAUCAAUUAUUUGUGGAAAUAAUCUGCAGAAUAAUCAGAUCUGAUUAUAAGUUGCAUCUACACCAUAACUUAAAAAAAUGUACUUAAACAAACAGACUGUUGUUAAUGUCUACAAUAACAACCUAAAUACAGAGAUGCCUCAGAUUCAGGUGACAAGCGUCAGGUUUCAGAGUUAAAAACUUCUUUAAACAAAUAUCAGUCUGGGAUUAUUUUUGCUUAAAUGGAGGCAUAAACUCUUAAUAAGAAUUUUAGUCACUUGUUUUUUUUUCAGCACUGAUUGACACUUUAGUCCAAGUGACGUAUUAAGAUGUGCUCACUUGUUUCCCCCUUUCCCCCUCCCUCUGUCUUAUUGUCCUGCGUAUCAGAGUAGUGGGUGAUAUUAUUGCUCUGCGUCUUUUUUAACUGAUCUGAUGAGCUGUUUUUGAUUUGGAUCAGUCGUGUGAGCCAGAAGGAUGUAAUGAGGUAUCAAAGUGUGUAUCCAUCUCUUCUGAUGUGAGGUUUCUUUAGGGGCAUCAAGGGCCAAGCCACAAUGCCUGUGUGUGUGUUUGUGUGUGUAAGUCCUAAGGGUGUGUCUCUAAGACAGCCAGAACGGGACAAACAGGGGAGCCAGUUUGUGACUUUGCCCCAGGAUGGGACAGGGCUAAAGGCUGGCCUGCACUAAUCCGUGUGUAUGAUUGAGAGUGCAAACGAGUGCAAAUAAAUGAUUACCCUACAGGGCCACCAAGUCAUCACUUUACACCAAGAGGGGACUAUUGACUUUGCGACUUCAAGUGUGUGUGUGUGUAUGUGUGUGUGUGUGUGUCCACGCCCUGACCAUCCGCCCAUUGAGAACAGAGCUGGAGAGCAGACAACCUUCUGCUGUCUGCCAGGAUGAUGCCCUCACCAUGGAGAUAGCCAUGGAGGCUGUGGCAAUGAGGGCUCAGAGCUGUAUCCAUGACAGUACUGUUACCCAGCUGCCCCAGCGGCAGCCUUAAUUAGGUUGGACAUGAUAGGGGCUGCUGGCCUCCCUUUCUAUUAACUCCAUAUCCUUCAUGCAAAAUUUUUCCAUGCUCUAUUAUCAGUCAUACCUAUACUACCACUGAUUACUGUGCUGUUUUUGUUAUUAUGACACUUUUUUUGGUAGUUUAGCUUUAAGCCCAGAUUACAUGUUGCUUUUCUUGUUCUGCUAUUUUGUUUUCCCACUAUCCUUUAUUUUCUAGCUGUUCACAAACAAGUCUGGUUCUACUUAAGGUUAAAAAAGUAUUUUCUGCCACUGUUGCCAAUGGUUGCCAAGUGGCUGCUCAAAUGGUGUUAAUAUUAAAUCACAGAGUCACACCGUUGACAUCUGCUCUGUUUGUUACGUGUCUUGAGUUUUCUCUGGACACUAAACAUAUAAAACUUGAUUGAGGGAUUCUACAUAACAACUUUUUACCUCCUUUUUAAACUUAUUUUGGCAACACAUUUCACACAAUUUUGAUGUAGCCACGUGGAUGGACUUCAGUUAGUACUAACAAGUACUUUUGUAUAUUUCUUUAUUUUAUCAAUAUUGAACCAUGAAAACAAACAGCUAGAAUUUUCUCAUUCACUGGAGGCCAGGUGCUGUUUUUCCCAUGUUGUGAAGUAAAAGCCUUUUAAGAGAGAGCUGAGUAAAAUUUUGGUUGAAAGAUAAUUUUGAAUUAUUUCACUCGUCUUUGUCUUACUCAGCAUUAAUUAGUGUGUGUGUCUUUGUGUGUGUGUGUAUGUGUGUGUGUGUGUGUGUGUGUGUGUAUGCGUGUGAGUGAGACCAAGUGUGUCAGCUUAAUGACCAGCUCGGUUGUGACCUCGUUGAAGGUCAUGUGCCAGUGCUCGUUAGCAGUGUCACCAUGGCGAUAUGUCAGCUGUCAGCACGAUGGACAGGGAGCUGACAAAAAGAACAGUGAGGUGGAGGAGGGGAUGAAUAGAGGGAGAGAGGGAGGGAGGACAAGUUAAUUUAAAUGUGAUUCUCAUCAGAAGGCCUCUGCCACUCCUCAUUAACAAGAUACUUGUAAUUGGCAAGGUUGUUGUGGCAAAGUCCAGGCAUCUGCUGCGUGCGGGUGUGUGUGUGUGCGCGGGUGUGUGUAUUGUUUGUGUGUACCACAGGAGGCCUCAUUCUCCGUUGUAGACGUUGGGGAGGUUUUGACCCCCUCUGCAUAUUGGUCAGCCCUGAGGAAAAAGCCCCCCACCCCCCUUUUCUUUCCCCUCUUUCUCUCUCCCUCCAUCCACACGAGAGAACAGAAGGUCUAAACAACAUGACAGCUUCUGUUGUAUAGCCGUUGUAUUAUCUCGGGUAUCAGUGGCUUUGUUGUACCACUGUCCCGUCUGUUUUGAGAUGGAUGAUAAGAGGCCUAUUUUAGACUGAAUACAUUAACACAGAGACAAACGAUGUCACUUCCAACCAUGUAGAAACAUUAAAUUUUUUUCACAAUCUAUAUUUUAGCAGCAGAAGUGAUCGAGAAAUUGAAAUUUGAACUUUUUAGGUCAAAAGAAUAUCUAAGCCUUACUGACCUAAUUGAGGUUAAGUUAAAAAAAGCUGUGUCCUUUUUUUAAAAUAUUUUUGUAAACAUGGAGGGUUUUUUUUUUGUAAUUUUUAAACAUUUUGUGAUAUUUAUCUUCUUUUUCUUUUUGGAAUAGGUGAUUUAUCAAUGAUGCUUUUAUACAAUCUUUCAUUCUUCUUUGAAAAUAUUUAAUCCUUCUCACCAUAAUGCUGUCUAUAAUAUAUGAAAUGAUUUGUUAAACACACUUAAACGGAAUGAAAUAGAUCAUACAAUUAACUGAUAUUUCUGAGAUGUAGUUUUGUAAGGAUGGAGUCAGUUUUAAGCUGGCAGAGCUUGUUGUGUGCCGCAGAAAAAAAAAACAAAUUUUUUCUUAAACGAUCAAUUAAGCAAAUUGUCUUUUGAAAUUAACAUGAUUUCAACAUUUGUCUGACUAGUCAUGACUCAUGUUUUUUGUCUUUUGAAAAAUAGCAGUAUCCUCCAAUGACCACAAGAUGGCAGUAGUGUUCUAUAAAUCGUGCAUGGUAGCGGUCCACUUAUCCUCUGCUCUUUACUUUAUCGAACCUGACACUAAGAUGAUACUUUAAUUUGUCAUAUGAUUUCACUGUCAAAAUGAGAUACUCUCAUCAGUAGUUUCAGUAAAAUGGCAGUUGUUGAUAAAUAUUAAGAAUACGUUGCGCAAUCAGAUCACCAUUCUGAAAAAAUCCAAGUACUCAUCAUUGCAUUUUCAGUGCAGAUGAUUCUUUCCACCUGAUUUCAGUUUUGUUGACAGACUUGAAUUAUGCUGUUAAUGUUGAGACAGCACUUUAAACAAUAUAUCAACCAUAACAAUGGUUUGAUGGUCAGAUGAUUCCAGAGUGUCGACCUGAGUUUAAGGACCAGUUUGAACAUUUUCUGCCGUAUGAUUUGAGAAGCAAGAUGUGGAUGCCUCUCUUGUGAAGCUUUACUAAUAUGUCUUUUUAGCAGAAAUGCAUGCACCCUUUUUUCCCCCCUUUCAGCUUCUUUUUCUUCACCCUGACCGGCCAACCUGCGUCCUAUUCCCUGUUUGUUUCUGAGUUUCCCUCUGCCAUUGUCUCCCCUCUCAGUCUCCUCUGACUCUCAGGCUUCUGAUAUUUUGCUUUCUUGUUCUUCUCUUCAGUAUAACCAAUGAGGCCGGAGCAUCCAUCUACAGUGUGAGUCCAGAGGCUGUCAAAGAGAUGCCCGACUUAGACCCCAACCUCAGGAGUGCAGGUAUUCUCACACUAUUUAUCAUUAUUGUCCAUUGAUUUAAAGGACCCUUCCAUACAGCAAAUGGAGGCAGAUUAUGAAUAAUCAGUUUUAUAAAAUACAAUUCCAUAAAUUACAAAUGAAUGACUGUUAAACUCUAACAAAGCUUUAAAUGGACUAUUUUGUGUGUUGUCCUGCUAGUAGUCCUACACACAGUUAUCAAAAUUCACUUUGAUAUAGAUGAGAUGAUCAAGUCCACUUAUUGCUAAAUUAAUUUGUUUCAUUUAAUGUAAAUCAAACAGUUUUUACGUCACUCUAUAGUUAAUCGUUUAGUCUUAAUUACACAGCAAGGGUGACAUUUUUGAAGAUAUUUUGUUUUGUUUUGAACACCUAAAACUUUUAUAGUGGUGUGAGGAUAUUACAUCUUGUACAAAGUCAUUAAAAUGUGGCUAAACAUUUCUCUGAUAAUUCUUUGACUUAAGUUUCACCAUCCUACCCACAACACAAUUUCAUCACAUAAUCUCUAAAAUUACCAUUAGGUGGUUUUAUACCUCUCCUGCUCUGCUAUUACCUUGUUUCAUUCUAGUUCACACACAGUCUCUCUCUCUCUCUCUGUCACUCCACACACUUGAUCAUUUAAAAAACACAGCAGAAUAUAAAAGAAUUGCACACAGUUUUGGAGAACAAAUGUUUCCAGCAGACUUCCUCUAUAAAAGCCAUAAAUCAAGCGAGGCCGGAUUAUUUCUCACUGGUUUCCUGUGGUCAGCAGCGCAGAGAGCCAUAGAGAGCCAUAUUUAUACCCCUAAUGAAUGCCAUGAGAAAUCUACAGCGUUAGGGCGAGUUUAACAAGAGGAGUGCGAUGGUUAGAGUCAGAUGGGGGGACAGAGUGUUUGUUUCUGUCUUAUAUUUGGUGGGUUUGUGUUCUUCUGUCUGUGUAUUUGUGAAAGGCUGAUGUCUACGCCGCAUAAUAUACAGAAAAGACUGAGCUGUAAGCACCUUCUGUCUGUCUUGUCUUGGGUUGGGAGAUCUAGGGACACCUUGUGGUGACAGGCUGUGCCUCAACCAUUCUCCAGCAGGUUUUGGUUUUAGCUUAUUUCGGUGCUCCUUUUUCUCUGAUUAUCCUGAACUUCACACUGGGUAAAAGAUUACAGAUCACAAAUAUUUAGUUAAGAGUACAAAUCAGUUUGCUUGGACUAUUGUAAUACAUGAAUUAAGUUAGACGUGAAGGCUGUGCUGCAUCUUCUCGAAGUUAGAACUGUUUUCUCAUCUCUCUGUCUGCAACAAAAUCUGUGCAGCCACGUCACAGCUGCCCCCUCUGUCCCACCAAAGUUCUGCAUUUCACAUUCUUCUACUCCUGAGUGAUGUGCCACUGAUCGGGGCCUUCCUCUCUCGAUGCUUUCCUUAUUACUCCCCGGUUUCGUCAAGCUGUAUUUGGCUCAUUAUUUUCAAUAAGUGCUGCAGAAUUAUGCUGGACUGCUUUUGCAAAUUGGAUCCUCUCGGGAAGAUGAAGAGAGGAGGAGAGAGAGAGACAGAGGGAUAGCAUUGAGACAAAAUAGAUCGGAGAGUUUUUGGUGGUGAACCAAGCAAGGCCAGGGUUGAAACUUCAUCCCUGUCUAAAUAUUAUCUCAGGCAGCAGCCUCCCACCGCAGCCAGUGAAGAGAGAGGAGAGGAGAGCCAUUGAUUCCAGACGAACUCCCCCUAUAACAUCCCAUCCCUCCCUUUCUUUUUCUCAGUCCAUUCUGCCUCAGAGAUCUAAGUGUGAUGCUUUUCAUGCCACACACUUUUUCUUUGCUGACCACUGGAAUCAAACAUGUGCAUAAUACACUCAAAAUGCAAAACUGUUAGGUCAGAAUGAACUAAGGAGAUGACAUCUGUCAUUUUAAUUGUGUUAAAGAAAUCUAAACCUAAUGUUUAUAACCUUUUCAAACUCAAACUUUUCGAUAAAUGUAGUAAUAAAGAUGGGUUUCUAUAGUGUAUGACUAUUACUGGGCAUUAUUUUCUCCAACCAUGGAUAAUAAAACACCAGGAGUUGUUUCAUGACUGAAAUGAGUGAUACUACAGUGUUUUUGUUUACCUGUAAUGUGUGCCUGUUUGUUUUUGGGAUGAUGUCAUGUAUUGUAGUGCCUAUGUGAAUGUUGUAUGUAAUUUUUCUCCUGGACUCCAGGCCCUCCAAGCUUCCUCAUAUGUAAGGCAUUUAGCUUCCUGUGCAGCAGCAGCUGAAUUUUCUAAAAGGCGUUGUAUGUUUAUUUAUGUGCUCCAUCAGACUGUGUGUGAACUGGUCUAGUUAAGUCUGAUUUUAAAGGUUUAGCAUCUUUCAGUAAGUCAAUGACAGGUGCAGAGACUCCAGUGGAAAGCCAGCUUUAAUUAUUGUUUUAUUGGGUUGGAGAAUGACAAUUAGGUCUGGCCUGCCCUGGGGCCAGUGCUGUAUUAUGCAGACAAUUUGCAUAUUCAGUAAUUAUAAAUAAUAUGGAUUUGCAUAUUCAAUAAUUGGGUUUUAGACUGCAUAAAAAACACUAACUGUAGAAUCUACUGAGACAAUUGAUCCCAUCUUUGUUUAUCAACAGUGUCGAUUGGAAGACGCGUCCAAGACCCACUGGCUGAGCUUGUGAAGAUUGAUCCUAAACACAUUGGCAUCGGGACAUACCAGGUGAGUGUGUGUUGGUUCUCCUCUGUCAGGAUACUCCUUGUGAGUGAGACACUCUUGUCCUUGGGCUAAAGAACAUCUGCUGAGUUUGUCUGAUGCUGUAGGUAGGCGGGGCUGUGUGUGGACUUGAAGCUUGAAAGCGUGUUAAGAGAAAAUUAAAUUAUUUAUUCAUGUUUUGUUUCAGCCCCGUUUUCUGUUGUUAUUUAAUUGCAAUUAAAUAACUUUGAUUAUUAUGAUUAUUUUCAAAAAAAAAAUCUGAAUUAUUAACCAGCAUGCUCUCUUUGUUGGCAUAUCCACCAUCAUAAUUAUGUCACUCAAGCCACCACGUCACCAAAAGUAACAGAAGAAAUAAGAGUAAGGAAGGGGGGACAUGAAAAGAAUAUUUUACACUAAAAAACAACCAAAAAACACCCCCUCAAAAUCUACACUUCCACUAUUCUACCACUUGAAAUACACAGUGUUCGAAAACAUUUAGUAUGACUGUACCAAACUUUGUUCUAAGCUUUGUGGAUGCCUUUCCCCCUCAGAAGUCUUGCAGAAUUGAGGUCUGGAUUUUGUAUUUUCCAGGCAAAUCAAUAUCAGAGGCAUGAAGGGAAUUGGAGUGAAGAACUAAAGGUUAGAAAGGACAAGUGAGAGAAAACUAACCAGGUUUAGGGAAGAGAGGUGAGCGAGGAAGUGUAUAAACUUAGCUGAGGCCUGUGUCAACAGAUGAUGCUGAAGGUGACAGCUAAUUCAAUUAGUGCAGAUCAGGCAUGACGUGUGUUUGGACUUUUUUGUAUGUGUGUGCUUGGGGCUCCUUCUAAACAUUCAUGCGUGUGUACAGAUGAAACAACAAUUAGCUCAGUGUUGAUUUUGUUCACUCUAUGUGAGCGCAUAAUUGUGUGGGGAAACCAAGACAAGCAUUAGGUCAGUGUGCUCAGUACUUAAACCAGCUUAAAUGCAGUAUUACUGUCCCUACAUGGUAGGCUCUGCAGACAGGAAGGGAGUUCGGAGAUGGAAAUAGAUGAAAAACAGGGGAUAGAAGAUCAGUGAGUCAAGGAGAGGGUAGUAUUUUUUAUUUGAACCCACCCACAUAUGAACAAUUCAGAAGCCCCUACAUUCAGAAGUACAGCUGUAACAAAGUGCCUUUGGUUAACAUGCUGUGUAUUUUAUUUAGCUGGCAGAAGUGUGAUUAGGAGACGCUUUUGGUCAUAGUUUCAAACCAGGAAACAUCCUGUUAUGCCGUUAGGUAUGCAAAGACAAUGCAGUGUUUUUGCAGAAAUUGUGUUCACAUGCAUAAUAAUUUGUUUAUUUCUACAAAGGUGUUAACUUGGCAAUUUAAAAUUUAUAAUCCUCUGUUAUUGCAGUGGAUACGUAAUACAGAACUGGAAACUAAUAGUACAUUUUUACUAUUGUCUUAAUCUGGUAAAGCAAAUAUAAAACAAAGUUUUUUUAAGGAUUCUUAAAACAAACUUUCCAGGGUUAGGGAAGUCAGAAGUAUAGUUAAUGAUGUUUUUAUUUAUUCUUCCCACUGCCUUAAGUUUAGGUUGCAUUACUUCUUGAUUUGAUAAAAACUGCUUUUACUUUGAAAGGAUGCAAAUGAACAACAGCCAAAAAGAAAUCACAUAGUAAAUGAAAACAACCCCAAAAUUCAUAUCAGUGUAAAUGUUUGAUGUUUUAUCAUGGCUUUUUCUUUUUAAGUUAUCUUAUGUGGAAGAUUUGUCUCUGACUUAAUGGUAAAGCAGGUCUGGAGACACUACUUAACAUAACUACUUAACAACAUUAACUCAACAUAAAGGGAGAGAAAUCAUCCAUGAUUACACAUAGUGGAAGGCAAUUCAAUAUGGUAGUGUUUGGCAUAUAUUCAUUAGUGUGAAAAUGCACCCUUCAACUACAAAAUCAUGAGCUGCUCCUGACAUGUUUUUAUGGCUCUUUUUAGCUACAGACAUAGGCAACAAAAUGCUAUAGAAUAACAAGUCUAAAGGCAAUGCCCUCUGCUGUUUAAAAAAAGGUAUUGGGAUUAAGUUUUUUGUUUCAUCAGUGAAUUGUCUCCUAUGUGCAACAAUUUUCAACACCAUUACAUUCCCAAUAAUAAUUACUGAGAUACAAACCAUUUUUUACUAGUUAUCCACUGUGUUGGCCAAGAUAGCGCCCACUUCUUUGUAAACAUGUAAAGAAUCUCAGUGGACAGUCAGCCCAAAUGAGAAGCAGAAGAGAAGGAAGGAGGGGUCAGAAAAGGACAGCAGAGGGUGACAAAAGUCAAAGGAAAAGAAAUGAUGGCUGAGGAGAAAAAUGAGGAAGAAUUGAAAGAGAAAGUUAGAGGUCAUCUUGUGCAUGUGCUUGUACUUGCGCCAGUGUAUGUGUAUGUGUGUCUGUGUGUAUGUGAGUGUGUUAGGUCACAGGCCCGUGUCUCUCAUCACAUCCUGACUGGGCUCUCUGGGGUGCCUGGGGUUCUGCACCUCCCGCUCUCAGAUCAUGUGACUAGGUCAACAAAUGAUAAUAUAACCGGGUAAAUAAACUCCGGGUGCUGACAGAUAUGAGAUGGGACAUCACUCUGACCCUGCGUGUCAGCUCACGCACACACACACACACACACACACACACACACACACACACACACUUGUACACCCUCCUUGCCCAUUUUUAGAGUCUGAGUGCCUGCACAUAUGUAUAAGGGUGCAUGUCGAAGGAAAAAUGUGCAAAAAGUUCAGUCAAGUGUGAGUGUGUUUUGUAGCUAGGUUUUGUUUUAUAUGUGUGUGUGAAUCAUGGCGUUUUGAGGCUUUCUGAAAGUUUAUUGCUGUUAGACCCAGAAAGCAGAAGGGCAGAUGUAACUCUAGACAGCUGGCACAGCAUGCUCUCUCUUUCUCUCUCCCUAUGCUGACUCAGUGAGUGACAGCUCGGAGGGAAGGGAGGAAAUGAGCUGAGGGCUAAAAAAGUGAGGCCCAUUAAAAUCAGAUUGGACGUAACUAUUGGUGUGGGAACAGUGUUUUCACUACAGCACCACUGGCUGACAGGUUUUUCUCGGGAUACUGAGUUUUCCAGUCAUGUCUGUUUGAAUGAAGCGUAAAAGUCAUUUGAGUUUUAGUGGUUACGUUCUGCGCUGUACAUUUCUAAUGCACGUAUAGCUGUGGAAGGUUUGGGAUUUCCUGUGGAAGAAGUUAAGAAAUCUUAAAUGGACAAACAUUUCAGGAGACUUGUCGUCUCUCAUAAUUACACACUUAAUGGGUGUGGCCAUUGGACAGCUCCUUCUUCUGUCAAUCAGCCUCUUGUUGUUGCUAUAGUCUGUUGACAGCUGGGUUAUUCCCAGGCCUGUAAAACUAACUGCUACUGAAAAAUACACACACAGACACACACUGCUGUGUAAGAAAACAUUGCCCCUGAGCCGGAUAUUAAAGAAACUGUCACUCUUCCUCUCACCUCUCUCAACCAUUCCUGUUACACUUCAUCUCAUUGCUAGAAAUUUUCUGGCUCUUGUCCCUUGAACCCACUCCACUUGAACCCACUUGUAUGCAGAAUAGAUAAAAGAUUUAACCUCCUAUUACUUUGUCAAAUGUUAUUACUUAAUUUCACACCUUUUUCUUCACUUUUGUAAAUCCAAUUGAGAAGUAGUUACCCAUUCUAUAUUUUUAUUUGAACUUACAUUAAAAAUGAGCAUCAUAGUCAUAGUAAUUUCUUCCCUUAAGAUGAAGCUUUAAGACUCUGAACAACAUUAUUUUCACAUUAAUUUAACCAUCAAUCAGGUUAACAGGGUCAGGAACUUUUCUUAAUCUGUUUUAAUGAUUUUACUUCCUCCCUUUUUAACCCCAAAGUCAAUACUUGAGGAAACUUGAUUUGUAAGAAUACACAUAUUGACAUGAUCAUGCAGAAAUAACUCAUGUCUCUCACGAUUACUGUGGCUUGUAUUAUUGUAUUGGCUAAUUCUAUUCCAGACAUUUACUGCUGGUACAGUAGAGGUGACUGUAGAAUCUUGAGUUGUUACAUGGAGACAUGGAGACGACAGUAUCAGGUCACCUGCCAAUCAUACAACAGACAUGAAGAGACAAAUAACCAUUCAUGCUCACAUUUACACAAUGGGUAAUUUUGAGGCCUCCUAUGAGUAGACCUGCUGCAUGUCAUUGGACUAUGAUAGGUAGCUGGAGGAACAUUGUUGCUGUAAGGUAACAUUACCAACCACUGCACCAACACGUGGCCUCUAUCAAUACAGUUGAGUCAGCCUCAAAUAGGUCUGUAUGAACACACUGAUGAACUUGUCACAGCAAAACAUGCUAAUCAAUGGAGUGAAUGAGGUUUCAAAACAAGUGUUGGUGCUUUUACAGGGAACUUUUUAUAUCCUGUGUAUUGUACUGCUCUGCCGGCAGCUAAUGGCUUUGUCUGACCUCAGCUGAGUCGCCAAGGCGACAAGUGCUGAAAAAUAACUUGGUUCUGAUUGUCUCAUUUGCUCUCUCUGUUCAUAUAAAGACAUUUGUGUUAAAUUCAUUCUGUUCCUUUCUAUUUUUUUUCGUACCACUCAACACCUUCUCAGUGCAGGCUCGAGAAAAAAGCAAACUUCAGGUCAGACUUUCCCCUCAGAGGCAUUCAGCCAGGUCAGCAGAAAAAUUCAUUUGUAGUGACUUAGACUCAGUCUACUCAAACGAAGGUUUCAUUUAUACGUCCUUUGCAAGUAAUGUUUUGCAAAUAUUCAUGCAGUCUUGCAAGCUAUUUUUCACUUGUGAAUGAUUGUGCCUGCAGGGGAGGCAGGAGCAGACAGAGCUGAGAAAGGGAAGGAGAGUGAGAAAUGGAAGGUUGACUUUGAUUGAUAGUUCCUGUCGUGGUGUUUUGAGGCAUGUGAAAAACAUGCUCUUAAAGACUUAAUCAGAGGCAGAGUCUGCCAAAAAAUUGUCUCUGACUGUUUUAAUUAUUUCCCGCAGGUCUGUCAUCGCAUGUGUGUGUGUGUGUACUGACUGAGGCUUGUACGCUUCAUUUUGUAAUGUUGUUAAACAAGCUCAUGCCAAUUCUCUUCUUAUUCAACAACUUAACAAACAAUCACAGGCUGUUGUCAUGUCAAGAUACUUAGACUAAUGAGGGCCUUCAAUGGAGAUAGGUAUGUCUGGUGGAAGAGUUCGUAAGUUUAACAUAAAAGAAAACUGAAACAGCUGUUGGAGAGCAAAACUAAAGUUAAAGAAAGUUCAAAAAGAGGACUGCGGGUUGUUAAGGAUAUAGUGUUCCACAGUUAGCUGAUCUUAGCUGAUAUGUGUGAGAAAACUACUUUGCCUCAAUUACUCUACUCUUUUUGAAAUAAAAUAAAUGAAAAUGCUUUUAGCCUAUUUAGUCUAAACUGACUUUGUCACAUUUAAAAUAAUAACUGAGUCACUUUGUCAUUUAGCCUCUCUGUGCCCUCCUGUGCCUGUCUUAAAACUUACUGUCAAAUUUUCUCACGCUGUGUUUUACAGUCCCUCAGGUAAUGGGAGUGCGAGUGUGCGAUUGUUUUGCAGGAAGUAGAGAAAUAGCCAUUAGGCAUUCGUGAAGGUGUUGGGAAAACAUAAAACCAUCUCCUUGCUGUCAUAUCACUUUCAGCUGCUGAUUUAUGACCAGUGUUUAACUCUGAAUGUAUUAUCACUCACAUUCAUGCACACUUUCAGACUACUACACAUUAAUACACAUGCUUUAACCCAAGCUGUGAGUCACAUACAGGUGAGUCUCAAGGGCCUGAGAGAGUGAGUGUUGAAAAAAUGUAGGUCUGUUGAGUAAGACUUGAGGCUUAUGUGUGCUCAUGAAGGAGUUUAAUAGAGUGAUGAAGUUCAGGGAAAUAAAUGUUCAUGGUCCUGCACAAAGAAGAGGUCAAAGAAGAUAGUAAACUUUAAAUACUUACAAUUAAGUUUUCUCAUAACCCAAGCAAGUCUGGGGUAGAGUCUUGUUUUUUUCACUCUGAUCAAACGUUGUCCCUCUCGCUAGUCAGCACCACAUACAUGAGUCAGUAGGGGUGGGCAAUACUGCCUGAAAAUGAAAUCCUGAUAUUUGAAGGAAAUUUGGAGAAAUUAUAUAUUUGAUGUUACAGAGAUAAACAUCUGAAAAACAAUGACUGCAGAUUGCAGGGAGCAACAUUUAUUAGUGCACGCAAAAUGAGGGGCAUUUACUAAUCGGCCUAUAUGCUAAUGCUUCUGGUGGAUUCCAAAACCUACCAGGUCCUUUAAGUCCACCUGGCUCUGUAUCAUAUGACAGACUCACCGCUUAGCCAUGUUGAAUAAAUUGUCCUCAAUUUUGACAGUUUACUGAGUGUUUUCUUACAUCCUGACAAGGUGGUUUGUCAGAAUAUAUGUUUAUAUUUUGAUGACGAGGAGUUAGUUGCUAGAGAGCAUCCCCACUUCAGAUACCCCCCUUUAUAGUAGUCCAUCUGUCAUCCAUCCAUCUCCCUUCAGAGCCUGACUUUACAUUGGCAGGAAUGCUUUGUAAUCAUGAUACUUAAGUCCCUGUGUGUGGGCAAAUGCCACAGUCCCAGUAUUUUUUGUAAAGUAUUAGCUGGCGCUGAUUGUUUUUCUCUGGCCAAGUAAAGUAAAUUUUCUUUACGGCUCCAAAUCAUAACAGAAGUUUUCUCAGGGCACUUUCCUAUAGAGCAAGUUUUGACUGUAACAUUUUAUGUUAUUUAUUGUGGCCUAACAAUUCCCACCAUGAGCAAGUAUUUGGCAACAGGGGCAAGGGAAAAACUCCUUUAACAGGCAGAACCCUUGAGCAGAACUUGGUUCUGGGUGGGCGACCAUCUGCUCUUGUGAAACCAGGCAGUACUAAAUUGUGGGAGCAUAGGAAACACAUGAAAGUGCUCCUCAUGAAAAGUGUUUUUUAGGUCACUGACCUGGGAGUUACUGUGUUGGCUAUUCUUGGAAUACCUUCAAUGUUUUGCAAAAAUAAUUCAACAUGCCUUUUAAACUGAAGAAAAUAUAUGUUUUGAAAAGUCACUGGUGUGAUUAAGUGGUAACGUUUUUGGUUGUAAAACGCAAACCAGCCUGUCCUUGGCUGGUAGACCCCUGUAUGAAAUGAUCCUUAUUUGCGAAAGGGGACCAAGUUUUUCAUCUCCCUGAAUGAAUGCACCAAAAGUAGCUGAGUACAGUGUAAGUCUAUAGUUGGUAGGCAUCGGCUAUCCCGGUUUCAACAUGCGCCAAGUGUCCAAGCUGUAAGUGACUUCAUUCAUGAAGCUGUUGUCAGUCCAUAGGCCUGGGUAAUCAGUGUCAUUCAUCACCUCAACUCUAAUCACCUGCACAACCUUUACCACGAUUUCCACCCACUAUUUGGUUUUCUGUAUUUGUCAUCUUUGGAUUCUGACUAUACAUGAGCUUUACAUUACAGAGGAAACCUGUUUCCGUUUAAGAAAUAAGAAAUCAAUGUUUUAAGGGUUCUCAGUGAAAUAACACGAAGAACGCUUGUUUUAGUUUCCGUUCUUUCUCUCCUUUUCACCACCCUCUUUUUCUCUAUCUCUCUCUGAUUGGCAUGUGGUAACUCAGCAGCUUUUAAGUGCUCAAGGUGCAGACAGAAGUACUUUGUUCCUGUGUAUUGGUUGGCUGGUUCUAGCUGGUUUCUCGCCAAUCCAAACAUGACCUUCACACAUAGGGGAUCCAGUCCAUUGACUCUAGAUGAUUUUGAGGUCUGGGGUCUGGGUAUUUGAAUCAGGGAAUGUAGAAGUCAAGGCAGUGUGAAAUGAAUAGAUUUAGGUUUUGAUUCUGUGAAACUCCAUUGGUAUACCUAAACUUGUAUCUAACUUCAUGUUCCUAAAUCCUGUUCUGUGUUGACUUUCCCCUCCCCAUAGUAACUCGAGAUGAAGCUGUGUCGUUACUAAAUGGUCAGAGUGAUUGCAGCUCUUUCAUGAGAAAGAUGAGUAAGAUGCAGAUUUUUUCUUGUGGGGCCUUUUUCGAGUUCUCACCACAGUUGGUUGGGAAUUUAAAAGACUAGGGGUGUGUGCGUUCAACCCUUUUCAUUAAAAGGUAUAUCUGACCUCUCAAUUGACUCCGAUGUUUCUAGUUCCAUCUGUCUAGGGUCCUGGGACAGAGGGCUUCCCACCUUAGGGGAGAGGUAGUAAAAAACAGGAUUGGAUGGUUUUAAUAAUAUGUUUAACGUUUGGCAAAAUCAGCCUGAAAAACGCAAGAUAAAUGUGAAAAAUGAAAGUUCCUACUAGAGAUGCACCGAUCCAUUUUUUUCCAAUCCAAUACCGAUACUUGGGCUGGGCGUAUCAGCCAAUAUGCGAUACCUAUCCAAUACUACUGUUGAAUGAAUGAACUGUAUAAUUUGCCCUGUGAGUGAAGGCAUGAGGCUUGACUUUAGGCUUGACUUUAAAAAAAAAUGAUUCGAUCAAAACGCUGGAUCUGCGUCAUUCAUCCGAUAUCCGAUCCAGUUAAUUUGUCAACACCGGAGCCGAUAUCUGAUCCAAAUAUCGGAUCGGUGCAUCCCUAGUUCCUACCUCUGUAGUGGGAAAUGCGCAGAGGCUAAUGUGGGGGUAGAGUUGCUCUGCUCCUGAUACCUUGAUAUAUUUGAAAAACUUGAGAAGUGUAACAGAGAAAUAGCAUCACAGUAAACAUCAGAGCUGUAAAGGUGCAGUGAUGGCAAAGCUUUGUUAUAUUGAACGUCUUCAUAAGAAAGUGUAUAAAAAUGAUGAAUCAAGGCUUCAGUGAAACAGAAUUUAUGAGUUACAUUGAUGUUUCAUAUUUAUGGUUAUCUGGUGCACAUUAGCCAGUCCUCAUCGUCGUAAGAGAAACAAGAGAACUAGGAAAAGUUAGUGAUAUUACAAGAUAAAAAGAUACAAUCGUGCCAUUGUAACCUUUGACGUGUCCUAUAAGGGUCUUAGGUCCUCACGUACUGAAUCUUGCAGUUGUAUUCAACAGAGCAGAAAGUGCAUAUUUAUUGGAACAGUUACUUUCUUGCACUCCAACUCUGUCGCCAUAAAUCACUGCUGCUGGAGCCAGAGACACACUUCUGUGUAGUUAGAAACAAACCAUGGCCUGUAAACGUUUCAAUCAGUUUCACCAUAUCAAGACUGUUUACAAUGAACAGUGAGGAAGGUUUAGAUAUCAGAUACUGUACUCUUCUUGACCCAAAGUUGUAUUUAUUCAUUCUGUUUUUAACCAUUGCAGCCACAUAUGAUGUGUUUUUUAAUUUCAGUUCAGUUUUCUUCAUCUUGGAUUAGAUCUGUAUAGAAGUGCAUGUGCACUUCUGUGUGAGCUGUUAUAAUUCCUAUGGUCCGCUCCUGUGGCUCCCACCUCUCUAAGGUUUCAAUAAGAAUGUGAGAUCACAUGCAUAGAGGAUUACAGCAGGUAAAAACUCACACCUCCACUUUUCUCGUGUGAAAAUAUUUUCUAGUGUGACAUUUCAGAUGAUUUCCUUUAUCUUCUCUCUGAUUAUCUCUUGCUCCUCUUUCUGUACACCCUCAGUGCAAAUCAUAAAACUUUCACCUGUAGUUUAAUGAGAAAUUCUUAUUGUUAAAGUUAUUUUUAUUGUUUUGAAAAUGCCUCUGGCUAUAGUGUCUCAUCAUUCACAAAAAUUGGAAUAGUGCAGGUCAAUUUAGGCGUCACAAGGAGUGCUGUAAUAUAUCUUCAGAACUACAUCUCUGAAAGAUGCCUAUAAAUGAAAUGCAUUAUUACUAUAAUUAUUAUUAUGAAUAUACAUUUUUGCGUAACUCUGAUUUUAUGUAUUUAAAAACUGAGCUUAAGUAGUUCAACUGUUUUUGGCUCCUGCCAGAGAUAGCCCCUGUCACAGAGUUCAGAGGUGUUUGUGAUAUAAUAUCUUCCUAAGGUUGACACAUGGACAUUUAUUUAUUCUAGCUGGUGUUGUCACAUCAUUUGGAACCAGAUCACAGCACAUGUGUGCAUUUGAGAACUUUUUAAAAUGAUAUGGGUGUAGCAGCAGUGCCAGAGUCAACAUGAUGACUAUUUGUGUUGGGUACAACUUCAAGUUCACCAACCGUAACAACAGAAACUUUAAAUGUUUUAUAAUUGACACAAGCCAAAAGUUAACUAAAUAAGACCUCGACUUCAAAGAUUAUAUUGUAACACAACAUCCAUGUUAACAAUACCAACGUAAUAAAACAUGCCAAUCAUCCAUGUUUGCUUAUCCAUAAUUAUGAUUGUUAAUUUAAUGCAGUAGCUGCUUUGGUAGUUUGAAGCCUUGAACAGCAAGGUGAUACAGUGGUUACAUGACUGGGGGUUGAAAGUAAUAAACUAAGCCCUGAUUGUCAUAGCAUGUUGAUGCAGACAACUGAAUUAGACUUAUUGUAAGUCUUAACUUGCAGAGUACUAGUACUUGUGACACAGUGGGAUUUUUUGCGAUAUAUGUGAUAUGCUGUCUUUUCUUACAAUGGAGUAUUAGGGCCACAUUAAGAAUAAACAAUUCAAACACUUCAAGUCAUUACCAACGAGAAUAAAGUCGUACUAAAAUCAUUACUUUUGAGAAUAAAGUCCUUAUAUUCUAACCUGUUGUUUAAGAUGACAGUUGUUGAAAUGAGAGCCAUGGGGCAUUUGGUGAAAAUGUACUUCAAUAUAGGUUUCUCAAACAAGGUGAUACUUAAUCUUUUGGCACAUCAGCACCACAUUAUCAUAAGUAGCCUAUCAUAAUGAUUUUAUUACGACUUUAUUCCCUUAAGUAAUGACUUUAUCCUUGUUAGUAAUGACUUAAUUCUCGUAAUUUGAUGGCUUUAUUCUCACAAAUUAAUGACUUUAAUCUCGUAAAUUAAUGACUUUAAUCUCAAAGUCUUAAAAAAAAAUGUUUUCUUAAUAUUGCCCUAAUACUCUGUCAUAUUUUCUUUUAUAUCAAUGGCUACAAUUGAAUAGAUUGAAAUCAGAUAUUACCUUUUUCUGAAAAGGAAAUUGUAGAAAUAAUAAAGGAAAUAAUAGUUUGAUCAUAAGAUACAGUUAAAGUUGUUUUAAAAUAUAGUAGUGCUCUUUCUCUUGAACUCAGUCAGUGUGUCUCCCUCUUUGUCCUCAUCUGUCCUCCUGGUCUCUCACUGCUGACAGAAGAGGGUGUGUUUGCUCACUGGUGUUGUUGUCGUCAGUUUACAAGCCAGUGUUUGCUCAUAGCUUGAUCGUGUUACAAGACAACCCUUUGCUAGUCUCUGUCACGUUUGCAUGCAGAACACACAAUGACACACACAGCAAUACACAUCGACACACACACAGCUCAACAGUAGUCUGGUUCAAACUGUCAGCUAAUCCUUGAACAGUUGCUGAGGCAUCAGUCUCCAGCUGAACUGCCGACCCAUCCUGCUGCCCGGGGCUUCUGUCUGUCUGUCUGUGGGUGACUGCUGGACCUCAUUCUUGCUUAAAUUCUGUAUUGCUGUUAUGUUUUGAUCAUUUCUGUGAAUAUCUGCAGCGUUAGCAAAACUGUUUUAUAGUAUGCGACUUUCUAUGUCACAUACCAUAUCAGUUACCGGCCUCUCCUCUCUGAUUCCCUUCCCAUUAAUUUCCUUUUUGGCUGUCCUCACUGCUCCUAAUUAAGAAAAAGUUCUUGUGGAAAUAUAUCCUUUUUAAUGGUGGAGUGUUCGAAAAAGCUUGAGGAGUUCAUUUGGUGUAUCCUGAUCUUGACAGGGAGCUACACAAAUGAGGAAACUGUGUGAUCUGGAGGGAGACAUUGUCGACUGGCCAAACUAAACAUUCUCUCUCUUCUUCUCUAUUUUCCUCUCCGCUAUCUCUUUCCUCUUCUCUAUUUUUCCGUGUGUCUGUAUCUCUCUUGGCCUUUUACUUUGUCAAUCAAACCUCAAAUCAAACCCUUCUGUAUUUUAUUUCUAACUGUCUGCUGGGUUUUAUCUCAGUUAGGAUGAAAUUUCAUCACUUAUCUUGAACACUGGACCUGCAGAGGACCAAAUGAUAGCUGUUAUGCUGUUUUGCCCCUAAAUGCCUGUAUGCACUCCUUUCAAUGUCUUGGCAUGCUCCUAAUAAGUCGAAGGAUAGUCUCCUGGGUAUCUCCUCCGAAACCUGGAUUAGGGCAUCAGUUAGCUCCUGGACAGUCUGUGUUGCAAUGUGGCAGUAGUAGUUGCAGUGACACAUGAUGUCCCAGAGGUGCUGGGUGGGUUUAGGUCCGAGGCAAAGCCAGUCAGCAGCACCGAUGUCUUUGUCAUUCAGGAACUGCUGACACACCCCAGCCAGGAAGAACCCAGGGCCCACUGCACCUGAAUAUAGUCUGAUAAUGUGUCUAAGGAUCUCAUCCUGGUACCUAACAGUAGUCCGAGUACCUCCGGCUAGCACAUGGAGGUCUGUACGGCCCUCCUAGUAUAUGCCUCUGUGGACCAUCACUCUUCCAUCGCAAAGCCAGGCUGUCUAGUGCCGGGCUGAGUGCACAGGCCCCACUUGUGGACAUGGGGCCCUCUGUUUGUGGGUGUUUACUAGAUGUGUUUGCAUGUCUGUUUAUAUUCAUUUUGCUCCUCCCUGUGUUUUUUGUAGCAUGACGUGUCAGCUGGAGCUCUGAAGGCAGCGCUGGAUGGUGUGGUACAGGAAUGUGUGAGCUUUGUUGGGGUGGAUAUCAACAUCUGCUCUGAGGUACUGAUGAGGUAAAUGACAUGACAAACAUUCCCAAACGAGCACUUCCUUGCACGUACACACAACCACACAUACAAAUUGUAACGAAGAGGAAUAGAGACCUUUAGACCCCUGACAUACUUUCCCUCUGCAGUCAAGACAUGGCAAAGAUUCACUCACACUUACGCACACACAAACACACAGACAGCCUGGCAGCUUUCUGCUGAAACUACUGCAGCACUAUUUACUGCACAAACUGUAAUCAGCAGAUGGGACGAGGCAAUGUGCAUACACACACACACACCAUUGAGAAAGAAAAGCAAGUGUGUUAAGUCAUAAAUGGCUUUAGUAGUCAAUGAAUUUAAUAUAUAAACACACUCUUGCAGUGGAUCCAAACAGUAUAAAAUGAGCUGGCAAUAGCUGCAGGGCAGGCAUCAGGUCAUCUGUUUACCUGUCUGCUUCUAAGAGACCUUUUUCCAUUCCUGCCAAGAGUUAUCCUGCACAUACAUCCACACAUUAAACACUCAGAGACGUGUUGAUGACUGAGGUAUUAUGUUGAGUGUUGACAUGGCUGCGUGUUUCAGUGCCAGUGAGUCACUCUGGAUAUUAACAGAGCAGACCUAAUUAAGUUUCAGAUCACCUCUUUUCAUUGCCCGGCAAACACGGGAUGAAUUUACACAGCACAGGAUCAGCACAACCUUCUUUGUCAAAUCUCCUAAAAGUAAUGGUGAUUAAUGGUGAAAACGUAUUUUUCUCGUUGUUUUGUCUCCCAGGCAUGUAGCGGGUCUAAAUGCUGUUAGGGCCAAGAAUAUUGCAGAAUGGAGAGAGCAAAAUGGGCCCUUCAUGAAUAGGGAGCAACUCAAGCUGGUGAAAGGCAUGGGACCCAAGAGCUACCAGCAGUGUGCCGGCUUUAUUAGAAUCAACCCACAAACCAUACACAGGUACAUAUUUGUAUGUAAACUGUCUGUACAAGUAUGACAGGCGCUAAAACCCAGCUCUAUUAAGGACAUGGUUAUGCAUUUCUCAAAACCUGAAAAACAUCAUCUGCUGUCUGUUUUCUCUGAGUAUGGCAAAAUAUUAUGGCUUGAGUUGACCUGCGACAUUGAAACCAAAUCAGUGAUUUACAAACACGAUAUUGUCUGAUGAAGUCUCUGAAUGAUAUUAAACAAGUAUCAAACUAUAACAGACAGUGGCUUACAACAAUGUCUGGAAAUGCAAUGAGCUGAAGAGUUGUUAUAUUUUACUUAAGCAAAAGAUAAGUGAAUGUAGGUUUCCACUUAAUGAAGCCAUAGUUUGAUGCUCCCUCGAACACUCAGUGUAUUGAGUUGAAGCGUUAUGAACUUUGACAUAUACAUCUGUAAAAACUGUAACUAUUUUACAGUAUCCUUUUCGAUGAAUUUACCAUCUAAAUUAUGCUUUUACACAUAAACUUUGAGUAUUAAAAACAUAAUGAAAUCCAUUUAGGCUCCUACAGUGAUUAGUAUUUGUUCAAGAACAGGCAAGUUAACAUAUUAUCAGGCAAAGGCAAAGAAAACCCUUUGAAUGAAAGUCACACCAGAACUGUCAAAAACAAUUAUUGUUUUGUCCUUCCAUCAAAUAGUUGAAAAAUAUUGUGAAAGAAAUUGGUAAAGACUAUGAUCUUUAAAGAUAUUUGAUAAUGGUGUCAAUAUAUUAAAAAAUUACACAUCGAAUCUUUUAUGUAUAGAUGCACUGAAUCACAGAGGUCCUUCAAAUUACACUGUUCUUCAUAGUGGCAAUCUAAGAUACAUGUUUUUAUGUCAGUUUACAAAGUUGUGUUAGGAUGUAAUACUACUGUUUAUCUUCACCAAAACAGUGUCAAAUCCUCACCUCACCCUGCAUCAACAAUGCAAGAGAAACCAGCAGCAAAGAAGGGCAAAGGAAAAUCUUGUAUCAACAUCCCUACCUCCUUUAACCCCCUGGACCAGACCUGUAUUCACCCUGAGUCCUACGAUGUCACACACAGGUAAAGCACACAAAAAUAUACAAACACACACUUAUACAGCGGCCAACCCACUGGCCUGAGCAUGUUCCGACUAAGAUGGACUUGAUUUUGACACCAUUCUCAUAUGGGGCUGGUUACAGUGGUGAAGGACUCUGAUUUGAUUUACACAGACAUGGGAUACAAGAGAAGAGGUGUGGGCUUUGUAUGUGUGUAUUUCUGUUCGACUGUGUGUCCUUGUGUGAGAAAUGAUUGUUACCCCGGCUGAUGCUGAUAUCAAAAGCACAUUGAACAACUACCCAUGACUUGUGUGUUCUGUUUGUGUUGUAUGUAUGUGUGUUUGUGGAUGUUUGUGUGUAAAUGUGUGUGUGCUGUGUGAGAGAAAAACAGAGACAAGGAGAGAGAAAGAGGGAGGGGGGCUCUCUCUCUCUCUCUCUCUCUCUCUCCUGCAGCUGUAGUCACUCAACUGUGUUUAGUCUACAUAAGUUCUGACACUAGAGGCUUUAAGCAUCGCUCCCCACAUGUUGAUGCGCCUUUAGUGGCCUCAGUGCAUGUGUGUGGGUGGGCGUGUCAAUAUGUGCCCAUAUGCGAAGAGAGAUUGAUGCUGAUUGUGCGGUACUGUGUUUGUGCUUAUCUUUGUAGCAGUGUGACAAUGUGGCUUUAUGAGUCAGUGUUUUCAGCUUUUACUGUAUCAUACAAUUCAUCAAAAAGCUAAUAAGAGUAGGGCAGAUAUAUUUAAUUUUUAUUGACCUAUCCUCCUUUGCACUGAUGUCAAUGGGACAAGCCCAAUUAUUUCAAAUGGCGACUGCUCCAGCUCUGUUUUUUUUUUCCUUUUGUAUACAUAAAUACUUGAAAAAGAAGUGUAGUUUUAGUUGUAUUAGUUGUAUUAGUAUAUAUGAUAGUACUCAUAGUGUUAAUUAUUUGAAAUCUCUAAAGAAUCUCACCAUAAUAUAAAAAAUAAAGCAGUAGCCCCCAUGGCCCUUUCAAAAUUUCCUAGACAGAAUUUUCUAGUUUAAAAUGUUAUGUCAUAUUACUAACAGUAUUAUUCAGAAUCAGCAUUACAUUUUAUAUGGGAAUCUUUCUAUUCUACUCAAAAGACUCCAUCCUUAUAAAUCACCCAUUCUUAAGGGCAUCAUUAAGAUGCCUCAUUGCUCUUCUUACAUCUUCACCUACAACCGGUGAGAGCAAGAGACUGAAGGGAGGAUUGUGGAGGAAUGCUGUUUGUGUGUCUUUACGGUGUACAAGGAAUAUCAGGUUCAUUACAUUAGAGAAACUAGAUCCUCCAUUACUGCAUUCAGCCCACACAUCACUCCCUUUCUGUAACCAAAUACAACACACAUCCACACACAUGCAGGAGCACCAAAGCACACACUCAGUUUAUUCACCCCAGUUUCAGAAAUAGAUGGCAUAAGAAGGAAAACAUAGAAACUUCUCUGAAAUAGCGUAUUUUUGUUAGACACUGUUGUUCAUUCCACCAAAUAUACAGUAUUACUGAAAUAUGGGGGGGUCUGUUCUAUGGUGUAUAUUUCUCUGAAAUGUAACAGUUGGACCCUAAUAUUUCCAUAAUACAAGAAAGAGUGGGCUCUUGCUGUGGACCUGGAUAAAAUCUAUAUCCCAGCCCACCCAACCGCACUUUCACACUUUCACACACAUAUACACACACUCACGCACACACUCAAAGUGUUGGUAGUAAUUAUAUGAGUAUGCACCCAACAGUGGUGGAGGCCUCUGGACUCCCAGUACCCCUUAAAUACUAACAUACACCCUUGGAAAAAUGAGACGGGACACACUCACACAUACUUACACACCAGAAAGAGCUCACCGCUGGCCCGAACCAUGAAUGCAGGCUGCUCUUAAUUCACUCUUCCCCUCCUCUCAAAAAUAUGAGCUCUAAUACAGCCCCUGAUUUGAACACAUGGAGAACUGACGGCUGUGCAUGCAGAGUCUCUAUUCCUGUGUCACAUGACUGUCAACAUAAACAUGCAUAAUCUUGUCUUGGUGCUUGUCACGAUGUGGCCACACAAUCAAACCUCUAAUGGGACCACAGAGUGUUUGCUUUUAGUGCCUACACCUGUAGCUUAGAAGAGGACAGUUAUUUUAUGUGCAAUUAGAGUAACUGUCAUGGGACUAGUGUCACUAAAAAAAACAUCGUCAGAAACUGUUGAUGGCAUCUAAAAGUCAGUCCACUCAUAGUCUGUCCUCCCCUUGUUUCUCUACUAUGCAGUCAGAGCCGCUGUCAGAUGGGUGGGCCGAUUGUUGUAAAAUCAGGAGGAGAUCACAUGUGAAAGCAGAAAACAGACGUAAAGACUCAGAUGAUAAAAAUUAUGAUUAUAUUGUUGAAACUUUUAAUUGCGUUAAGUUACAUCGACACAUUGUACAUUUAUAUUAUUGCAGAGAAAUAUCUCAGGGUAUUUUUUCCAUUAUUGUACAGGCCUAAUAUGGACAGUACAACAGUAUUUGAAUCUUUUUUAUUUAAAUUUUUUUUUUUAUGUUUUUUUUUUACCUAAUGCAUGUAUGUGUUGAAUGAUGUAUGAGCAGAGGAAGAAGCCAUUCAGAAAAGACUCCCAUGGAGGAACAGUACAAUUCACUUAGUACUGGAAGUCUUGGUUGACAGCCCUUUCUCAAGUUUCCUGUCAAAUCUCUGUGACCGUCUAUGGAGAGUUUUGAAGAAGUGAAACUUAUGAUAUACUUUUUCUUUUAAUACUUUGGUAGGUAGUAUAAAAUUCGUCUUGUGCUUGAGUUUAUACUCCACUGAGUGCAUGAGAUGACCUACCCUGUAAAGAUUUAUACACUGUUUUUUGGUAUUUUAUCAAGUCUGACAAGAAAGAAAGUCAGGAAAUGUUGUUUGAAACAGAGAGGGGAGAUGAAUUUAAUGCAGCGAAGGCUCCAGGAUGAAUUCAAACCUAGUGGGCAAUGUGAUAUUCGUCUAUGACUUCCUAGGGCCACCAAGAUGCAAGUAUUUCUUUUCCUGUUAAGAGAUAUAUUGCUGGAAAAUUGAGCAGCCGAGGGAGACAAGGGAGAAAAGAUCCUAGUGUUAGACAGGCAUCCAUUUUGGCCCAAAGGUGCCGUUUCACCACUAAGCCAUUUCUGGCACAAACACGGCUUCUAUUUUACACUGAUCCUGCCUGCUGGUGUUGAGGGAUUGAUUCCGCUCGUCUCCCGCUUUUGGACCAUAGACUGUGUCUCUGCUGGCAGGGGGCCUCUGCGCUCACAGCUGUCUCAUACAUAGUUUGUACACAAGCCGUGUCCCGUUACAUCCGUACUGUCCCUGCUACUGCCAAACGAGCAUUUCUGAACAACAUUGUGUAUGAAUCAACUUUGUGUGAGUGUAUGCUCCCAUAUGUGAGCGUCCACCUGUUCUAUCCAUCACUGGGGGGCAGACAGCUGCGGAGUCUGUAUGGCGUCAGGGUGCCAGUGAGCGACAUCCAUCACAGACGCUAUCCGGCUGGUUCGAACACAUGCAUAGAGGCAAACGCAUUCACAUCUAUCACCGGCUGUGAAGAGUGCCUACUGUAAAUGAUAUAUACAGUAUGCACAAUACUCCCAGUGUUUUCCAUCAUUAUCGCUAGGUCUGUUUAGAAUUCGAACUAAUUAGUUUGGAUUUAAGUUUAAGACUCUGCGAAUUAUAAAUGUGCAACUUGACUUACUGUCUAGACACUUUGGAGGUGGGACAUCCUGCCUAGAAUAAAGUGACAGGAGGAGAUUUUCCAAGCGGUUGACCGAUGAACAAACACCCCAACCUUAGCAAAGUGGAGGCAGUUUCAUGAGGGAAGGUGUCAGAGCGUUUACAGCCCACUGUGGGUUUACCUGAUUUAAUAGGGGAUGAAAUAAAUGUGUGUAUUUGUGCUCUUCGAACCGAAAAGCUCCACCUCGACAGCUCAUGACUCGGGGUGUAAUUACUCCCACACCUCUCUUGCCCUCCCCUCCCUCCUCACCCCGUCUCCUUCUCACUUUACCUGUGUUAGCUUAGCUUGUCCCGCACUCUGCACGAAAGCCAUGCUUUUCUCAUCUUACACUUUCACUCUUUUAUUACAAUUCCACCUUUCACUUUUAAGACUCAUCAAUCUUUCCAUCCUGUUGCAGAUUCCUACCUUGCUCCAUCCAUUCUUCCAUUCUGCCUUGCUUACCUGUGCUGUAAUGCUUUAACCUUGACAGGAACUAUUUUUAUCCAAAUCUUUUCUUGUACUUUUGCAACAUAGUGUAAAUUCAUGUUUUUUACUUUAUACAUGGUGAUAUCUUUUACAUAUUUACAAAUGUUCUUUUUCAGAUUUCUUUCUCUUGUGGGUUGGAGUGUCGACCAGAUUGGGAGUGCGGGCCUGCAACAGUGUGUGGAGAGCAAGGUUCGGAUCAGCAGCGUGGAGGAACUUGCCAGAUCAGUGGACACCACACCUGAGACGCUGAAACUCAUCAUAGACGGCCUCACGCAGCCUCCUGGGUUUGACAUCAGACAAAGUAAGACCUUUCCACUCAAAGCUGCUCUGAAAUUUUGAUUCAAAGACCAAAAUGUGGUUUUGUAGAACAUGAACCAAAAAUACAAGAAUUUAGUGUUAAUAGAACGUUUCCCAAGAGAGAGAAUAAAGCGGAUUUAGCCAUUAAAAGUCAACCUCUAGAGAUUUUUAAUGUUCCAAAUUCAAGAGUAGCUGAAUAUUGUUUCCACACAAGCUCACAAAGACACCCUUUUAUCCUAUUAUAGGUAUCCAGAUCGAUCCAAAAACACAAACAAAAACAAAAACCAAAAGCACAUAUUUCAUUUAGCAAUAUUUCUACUAAACGCAGAAAUAUUAUUAUACUGAAUUUAAUACAGUUUCAUAGACAGCAUAUUUCUGAAACAAACCAUUGAUAGUAACCUCUCCUUGUCAUCCUCCCUUUGUGAUUUUCUUCAUAGUUCCCUUUGGACUGAUAAAAAGUUGAACUUUUAUCUUGUCCAUUUCUUUGACUGGUUUGCUAGUUAAAACAUACACUGACUUUUCAUGUCCAUGUAUUAUGAUAGGCAUGUCUUGGCAGUGUAACUUAAUAUGAUCCGACAGUGCGGUGGCUUGCUCCCUGUGGCCCAACAACACAAAGUUUCUGACAGGGUGUGAUGGGUCCAGCAGACUGUGUUUGUUGGACAGACACAAAAACACAAAGACCUGUUUUUCUCCUUAAUCUUACACGCUUUAGUUCAGGCACAAGAAGAUACACAAACUUUUGAGUUCUCAAGAGUUUUUGUCUCGCUUAAGCUAGUUUUCCUCUGAUAAAGGCUGUGUAUACUUUGCAGCUAAAUCCAAAAAAGUACAAAAAAUUGUCUUUUAGUGCUGAAGAAACUGAGUUGAUUGUGUUCCUGCCUUAAAAUGUCAUUUAGCUCUGAUGCCUCUGUUUGCUGGUGAAGUUUCCUCUGGGUCUGUUUAAAAAAUGAUGAAACUUGGUUGAAGUAUUUUAAGAAGAUAUUUCUUAAGUUCAUCCCCUCCAAUUUAAACAACUUCAAGAGGAAACAGUUCUUGAAAAUAAUCCAGUGAAAGGCUCUGACCUACACUGGAGAGUAACAGCUCUUGGUCCUUUGUUGUUGAACCAAGACAAUUUUACAAGUGCCCUACGGCAACAAGUAAUCCCCAUUUAAAUAUAUUUCCAAAGGAGUCUGUCAGAUAAUUCUACAAGGCUCUCCAUUUUGAAACAGUUUAGUACGAAGGGGAAAGAUGACAAGCCCGGAUAGCCAGUCACUGCUGGCCAUCUCUUCUUAAAAUUAAGGAACACAACUCCAAGGUUCAUUCUCAGGUUGGCCCUAUUCGGUUGCAGCACACUACGCUUGGCCUACUCACCAGUGCUCAGCUGAGUAAACAGAUGGGCCGAGGCUACCGCAUGAAAUCAGUGUUGAAGGAAGGAUAAUUGGAUCGGACUAUUUCCUGAGGCACGGGUCUUCCUUGUUUGUGUUCAUGCUACAAAAAGGAAGAACACAUCUCAUGAACGGGCCGAAUGGAAAGAGAGAGGAGAAUGCUGAUGAAUGUGAAAGUAUGCAGUCCCAAGUAUUGGGUUGCUACUGGAAAUGUAAUAUCUGUUUGUCAUUUCUGCCCCAUCCCUGGCUUCCCUGCAGCCCCCUCCCUCCCCCUUUCUUCUUAAAAACAUCUGUGCCAUCUGUCACCCGUACCUGUUCCCUCCUCCUUUAUCCCUCCCCUUUGCUUCCAUCGGGCUACCUCAUUUUUUUUUUUUUUUAAAUCACUCUUUUUUUUCUGCCAUCCCUAGAUUUUGGGCAGGCGGACUUUAAACGGGGCGUUGUGUCCAUGAACGAUCUACAGGUGGGCGCGGUGCUGACAGGCCGGGUGGACAACACAGCACUGUUCGGGGCUUUUGUAGAUAUCGGUGUUGGUCGCUCGGGUCUCAUCCACAAAAGCCGCAUCACCAUGGACAAACUGCCAGCCAGCCAGCGCCGACGCAGCCUGGCUCUGGGACCUGGGGAACGGGUGGAGGUCCGGGUACUAAAUGUGGACCCUCAAAGGGGAAGGAUUGGCCUGGACCUGAUCAGAGUCCUGCAGUAGAAACACUUGAUUCCCUUGAAUGAUAUCCCAUAUUUGGAUUUGUCUACUAAAGAAAAAACACACAAGGUCACAAGGAGGUAAAAUGUUUCAUAACGAUUACAGUGAAAAGAGUUCAGAACUGAUUUUAUAACCCCGUCAGCUGUGCUGAGAUGCUUUUUAACAGAAAACCUGUUAAAAAAUUUUUUUUGCGUAUGGCAGUAAUACACUUCAUUGUUCCGUUCAAAAGACCGUUGGUUCAAAUGGUCUCAUUCUUUACGGUUCAGGGAAAUAACCGUAAACCAAACUGCACUACAGCUGACAGAUCAUUGUGUCUGGCAGUACUUCUCUCACUGUCCCUGUGUAACAUUGGGAGCUUUCCUCUAACCUAACUCUAGUUUAUUGAUUAUUAUUAUUAUUACUAUCAGCACAGACUGAUGCCCUCUGAUCAACAGAGGGGGCUUCGAGGGUAUGUGGUUACUGUUUACACUUAAGCUGUAGUUCCAUUUGUUCCAUUUCAGCUGCUAUUGUUGUGAUCCAUAGUAAUAAAAGCAGUCAUGAAAAGUUAUCAUUAAACAUUGUUUACUUCUACUAACUCAUAAUUUUUUUUAGGUAUGUGUAAUGCUAUGAUGGUCUGGAAAGUAUUUCUUUCUUUGUUAUUUAGAGGGGACUUAACUUUUUAUUUGCACUUGAGUAACAAACAGAAGGACUCUACAUGUUACCUCAAACAGUUUUCAAAACUGCCUUCAUCUGCAAAGGAGGAUUCAAAACAUGAUUCAUAAGAAAUAAAAAUAUUUUCUGUUCACCUUGCACUCUUGAUGAAGAUUUAAUCAAAAUGAAGAUUUCAGCGAAUUUUAGCCGUGUUAUAGAAGAAUGAAAUUAAAUGAAUGAAAAAGGGUUUGAAUGAAACAAGGAGAAAAAGGAGAAGUCUGUUAAGUGAUAAAUAAGGGACAUAAAGUUGAGACAAUUUAGACCAAAAAGCUUUUAAUUCAUACAGUGCAUGUGAAGGCUUGUGUAUUAUUGCCCACUAUUGUCAGGAUCAUUGAGACAGCUUCAAGCCAUUGCUGUUUCCUUUUCAUUUUUUUAACAAUCAGAUUGAACGGGCACAUUUGAUAGAACAUAAAUGGUAAAAUUUGCACUAAAUCAGUCAAAAAACACUCUUUCUAGUCUGUUGAUAGAUUUCAACUUUUUUAGAAACAGUACAGCUCUGCCAGCAGAAAGAAGAGAUGCUGACAGCUUAACCCAACAAAACAAGAGCAAACUGCAGAGAGCUGCAAAUUUUUAUAGGCAUGCCCGAAUUCAUCAAGGCAAUAUUCUUUGAGAAUAAGGCCUGAAGACAGAGGAUAAAGGAGGAGCAAUUAGUGCACUCUUUUUGCCACUCCAAUCUACUCUUACUGAUUCACCUCAGUUUUUCCUCCAAAUGAGCCUAAGUGGGAAGGUAUAGAAUGAGUUGACAAGACGGGGGAUGGGUGGAGACAGAAGAGGAAGGGAAAAAGGGGGGAGUGUUUGUAUCUUCCAGACUGCAGUACAGCCCGGAGGCUUUUGAGGCAUGGUCCCAGACACAAUUAUCCCAGGACACACGCACAAACACACACUAAUCAGCUGCUUCAAAAUUAAUCCCAGACUCCCCAUCCACAUUAUCCAAUUUGUUUGUUUUUAUGAAACUGGAAUAAAUAAAAAAAAAUACAUGAAGUAUGGCUGUGAGAAAGCCUGAGGUCCCCUGCGCUGAACAUUAUACUGAAUGCAGAAUACCUAAUCACUGUUAGUGCUGCAGCUUCUCCACCUCCCCUUGGAGCAACAAAUAGAAUAUAUUCUAUCCACACAAACACAAAGAGAUGUUCGAUCAAGAUUAAUCAGGAGUGGCAGUUUGGGUAGUGAUGAUCUGAGCAGACUACACAUAUACAGGGUAGAUUUACAUACUGUAUUUCAUCUUCUCACUUUUAUUUUCCAAGAGGACUUCCAUCUUCCAAUCAAGGUGCCUUGUUUUAUUUGAUGUUAACUCCUUUUGUCGUUUUGUUGUCUUUUCUUGUGUUUGACUUUUCUUUGUUUUGAUCUGACACACUGCAGCCUGGCACAAUUUCUCGUUUUGAAGUUUCCACUGUUUCUGUUUUUGAGACACUUAUGUAUUUCUCGAAAAGACGCAGCUUCCCUCAGCAUCAUCCCUACUUUCUUUGCCUUUAAUUUUCCUCUCUUUGCUAAACGUGAGCGCACAGAUGGGACGGGCAAUCUGGCAGCCGGCGACUGCCCUUCAGAGUGUUUGUCAAACACUGACCAGUAAUGAGGCUGUGAUAAGAAGAAAAGUGACUGCAGGAGUACUUCUCUGUUAUCCUCUGUUGUGUUACGGGGUGAGCUCAGGUGUUAAGGUUUUGUUGAAAUGUGAGGAAAAUUGAUGGUUAGCAUGAAACAUCUCAGUUAUUUGUUGUUUCAUAAGUCCAAAGCUUCUAAAAGUCAAGGAGAAAUGAACUCAAGUUGUCCCGCAGGGGUCUGUUUCAUCAUCUUUUGUUCCAAGAUCCAGCCGUGGAGUCACAGGUGGAUAAAAAAAACAUCAUCUUCAAACUUUUUUGCACAGCAGAGAGAAUGGUGCUCACAGCUAGCAACUCUGCAUCCUGCUAAGCAAACAUUGAGAAGAGAAUAGCUUUCACUGUUGUUCUCUCAUUACCUGGACCACCUUACCGAAAAACAUGAGUAGCAAACAGCUAGAGGUUGCAUCUCCUUUUACAACAAAUAAGUUGUGCUGGACUGGCAAAAAGUUACCCAUGAUUCUGCUGUAAUAAUAAGAGAUUAAAGCUGUUUUUCCUGCACAUUGUUCAUCAGAAAAAUCCAAAGAGGUUAAUGCAAUUUAUUGAAAGACUACAAAUAGUCCCUUGUACAAUUAUUUAAAACCAAUUGUUUGAUCAAAAGGAGGACAACAACAAAAAAUGAUGUUUAUACUAUUAAGGCAAAAGCUAUAUAUUUUUACAGUAAAACACUAAAGGGCUCAGCUUUUGCGUGUUAACACCUGAGCAGAUAUAUAUGAACAUUUCCAGGUGCAGUCUUUUUUCCUCAGGCAGUGCAUACAAAAUAUUACAGCACUCAAAAGUAUAUUUGUCUCGUAAAUAAGCUGGCUGAAUUCAGCAUACCUGCUGUCUAAAAGUAAAGUUUGGGGUAUUAUAGACCUCUCCCUUAACUCUCUUUUGCUGAAGAGUCUGUGCUGUGAGCUAUCUCUGCUUCUUUUCUUUUGUGUUGUUCCACGUCUACGGUUGCCGCAGUGUGAUCGUGAUGGUAAGUGCUGGUUUCUCUUUCCAGCAGAAAAUAACUCCAGGUUAGCGGUGUGACCACUGACAUCAAUACGCUCUCCCUUUGGCUACAAAUGCCGGCUCUGUGUGAAGAACGACACUCUGAGGUCUGCACACGUUCGCUCUGACAGUGUUAGCAAAGAUUGCACUCGCAUGUUGACUCACAACAUCUGGUGGGGGAUUAAAUAGGCUUUUCACUUUCUGAAACCAGCAAUUUCCCACCUUGUUGUCUCUAUGCAGUGUGGCUACGUAGAACAACAGAUACAUCCAGUUCUUUUUAAAGUUAAAAUUUUGUUUGGUAUAUCUCACUUGCAUCCGUAAUGUAGCGAAACAGAGUAUUAGAGCCACAUUAGGAAAAAAAGACUUCAAGAUUAAAGUUAUAAAUUUACAAGACUAAAGUCAUUACUACAAAGAAUAAAGUCACAAUAAAGUAAUUACUUACAAGAAUAAAAUUAUGAUAAAAUCAUUACUUACAAGAAUGAAGUUUUAAUAAUUACUUACGAGAAUAAAGUUGUAGUAAAGUAAUCACUUAUGAGGGUAAAGUCAGAAUAAAGUCCUUAUAUUCUAACCUGUUGUUUAAGAUGACAGUUGUUGAAAUGACAACCAUGGAGCAUUUCAUGAAAAUGUACUUCAAUAUAGGUUUGUCAAACAAGGAGAUACUUAAUCUUUAGGCACAUAAGCACCACAUUAUCAUAAGUAGCCUAUCAUAAUGAUUUUAUAAUGACUUCAUGCUCUUAAGUUAUUACUUUAUUACGACUUUAUUCUUGUUAAUAAGUAAUGAUUUUAUUACGACUUUAUUCACGGAAGUAAUGAUUUUGGUACGACUUUGUUCUCUUAAGUAAUUACUUUAUUAAGACUUUAUUCUCAUUAGUAAUGACUUUAUUCUCGUAAAUUAGUGACUUUAAUCUCAAAGUCUUAAAUUUUAUUUUUCCUAAAGUGGCCCUCAGUGGUAUAUUUGAGAUGGGUUUCUAUUAAAAGUUUUCCUCUACAAACUCACGUGUCAAUCAACUUAGGUUUCUGAAUCGAAGGAAAUGGUAAUGCUGACGCAACCUGACUUUUAGUCAGCCAACCAGAGGCAGGCCUUUAGUCUCCUCGCACAUGGCGACAAUGUACCUUCCUGACAGGGCUAAAUGGUAAUCUUGACAUUUUAAAGGAAAGAGUUUUAAAUGGAUAAACUUUUAAAGUAACGUAUCACUAGUCAAAACCUGUUAAUAUUUGAUUGAUGAGCAAAAAAGAAAAACAAAGAAAACCUGUUACAUAAUUACAUAACAGAAUAAAUGACGGAGGAAAACCAUCAGACAGAGGGAUGACUUUUAAAGUGACAACCAAGAUGUAUUUUCUGCUUCACAAUCAUCAGUCACUGGUAAAAAACAGGAAUCUCUUCCAUGUUGUUUUCAGUGUUUUGAUGACACUUUCUAGGUAGUCAAAGGGUGAGAUAGACUCUGACUUUUGGCAUCAGUGCUGAAUAACAGGCGUGAAGUCCAGACUGGGGGGUGGAGGAGAGAUGGAUGAAUGGAGGUAGGAGAGAGAGAGGGAUGGAAUGAGACAGGAAAUGAAAGGCUUUCUCCGGUUUCACUCCCCGUGACCUCAUCAGUGUGAUCAUGGGUUUUAUGAGCUUUCCCUCUCAACGCCCACACACCACCUCACACGUGCCAGGACACACACACACACACACACACACACACACACACACACACACACACACACACACACACACACACACACACACUCCCUUAGUUACACACUUAAGGCCACAUAUUUCAUUCACUGGCUUGGAUACAAACACACAGUACAUGUGUUUUUGUCUCUCUGUCUGUUCUUUUUCUCACACUCCCUCUGUCAACCUUUCACAUACUUCAUCACACACCAGGACGCUCCAAAAACUCACUUUGAGGCCAGCGACACGUAAAUACUGACAGAGAAAAGAAAAUCGGUCUUUAUUGAUGAUGGAAUUGUAACUGCUGCUGGGAAAAAUAAGGCGCUUGUAAUGAGGUAAAACUGUGUAUUGAAGCAGAGUUUAUCAAAUUAAUGAAACCCAUAAAAUUGAUAUAGUCUGAAUCAUUGGCUCAUCUUGAAAACACAGGUAUUCCCAAGCAUUUUCAGUACUGUAAGUUGAAGGAUAAAUAGGGAUCAUUUGGGAAAAAGCAGCUCCAGGAUGUCUUCCUUUCCCUGAUUUUGUGCUAAUUUGUAUUUCCCAACUCUUUGCUUACUGUUUUAAAAAGUACUUCACUUUAAUUUCUAGUCUCUAGCAGCUUCACCACUUAUCUCCAAAGUGGAUAAUGCCUUCAGACUGUGUGUUUGUUUUAAUUAGUAUUAAGUUGUCUUGUAUGAGGAGUGGAAAAGCAGGGAGAGGGAGCCAGAAAACAGGUUAUGUCAAGAGAAAGUCCCUUAACAGUGAUUCAUGCCUGGAUAAAUAUUGUUAUAGGUGCCAGGUGCUAUCCUCC